AUCGAAGUUUCUGUGAUCACAGUAGGAAUCAAACAUUAGUAAAUUCUAAGUUUUGUUCUAAGUUCUUACAAAUCCUUCAAAACUUAGAAUUUAUCUAUGCAAAAUUCCUACUGUGAUCACAGAAACUUUGAUAAUGUAAACCGGCCUAUCGAGUAGCUUAGAUUCAAGAGCAUGUUUUACUUCUAACCAUGCAAACUUUCAUUUAUCAGGAGAAGAUGUUCAAUUUACAGUGAAGAUCGAGGGAGAACCGGAAGUAAGCUGGUACAAAGGUGACAAGCUAUUGGCUGAUGAAGGUCGUUACGUCAUUGUUGAUCAAGAUGAAGAUCAAAUCUUCACUCUAGCCAUUGAAGAUGUUUUACCCGAAGACGAAGGCGAAUACCGAUGUGUUGCCGGAAACGAGGCGGGGAAAUCCGAAUCUACAGCGACGUUGAUUGUCAAGGACAAUGAAUAUCUACCUGAGUUCACGAGCGAAGGUCAGGAUGAACCGUACAUUGCUAACAAAGGAGAUGAUUUGAGGCUGGAUGUCACGUUGAAAGGAAAUCCCUCUCCGGAGGUGAAAUGGUUUCUGGAUGAUAAACCUUUGCGCAAUAAUAUUCACUAUGAUAUCAGCGAGGACGGCAACGAACAUUCACUGUGUAUACGCUCUGUUACUUUGGACGACAAAGGUUUAUAUAAAUGCGAGGCUACUUCAAAACUUGGGAAAGUUGCACGAAAGUUUCAAGUAAAUCUACAAGGUGAGAUGGUGUGUAACUUAUACUGCAUAAGAACUUGUCAAAAAACACGGUAGUUUAUCUCUAAACUAAAUUAUAACUUCUUAUAGUAGAUAGCUCUAUUAGUCCAUAACUGCUCUCCCUAGAGGUCCAGUAAGAAUAGUGCAAGAAUCAACCCCGGUUAGCAAUGUGAAAUACACAUGCGCAAAUCACUGUGUUACUUCUCGUUAGUUUGUAUGCGUAAUCCCGUUAUUUUUAAAGGUAACUAUGAAAUUAUCUCGUGUGUUGAAUAGUCUUUUCGCUUUGCUAGGGUUUACCCCACAAGGUACUGCACCGACAUUCAGGCAAGGCAUCGAACCUGUUGAGGCGAAAGAAGGAACACCAGAAGCGAGGUUCCAUUGCCAUGUCGAAGGCGAACCGAAACCUGAAAUUGAGUGGUAUAAAGAUGGCCAACUAUUGGAAGAGAACGACCGGGUUAAAUUUGAAACGAAAAAUGGUGACAGUUUCUUGUGUAUAAGUAAUGUUUCCCCAGGAGAUGAAGCCGAGUACAAAGUUCUAGCAAGAAAUCCUGUUGGAAUUACUACAUCUGCUGCAGAACUGAUUGUCGCAGAGCCUGUUGUUAAGCCAGAAUUGAUAGAGCCAUUGAAAGAUGUCAAAGUAAGGGUAGUUGAUUAAAUUACCAAAGGGGAAUGUUUUAUGAAACUAUUCAUAAAUCAACUUAUUGAGUACGAUACAUAGAGCUCUGGGUAAAUUUGGGGACAUUGUUUUGCCCACUUUCUGGAAACAUGGCUAGCAAGAAAUGUUUCCUGACUUGCCCACUCUAAGCUAGGAAACAAUGUUUCCUGGUUUGCCCACUUUCUGGACACAUGGCCAGGAAACAAUGUUUCCUGGUUUUCCUACCUUCUGGAAACAUGGCUGGGAAACAAUGUUUCCUGACUUGCCCACUUUAAAGAAAAAUGGCUAGGGAACAAUGUUUUCCUGGUUUGCCCACCUUCUAGAAACAUGGCUGGGAAACAAUAUUUUUCUGUUUGCCAAAUUGCUGGAAAACAUGAAUAGGGAACAAUGUGUCGGGAUACAUCGCUAGUAAACAAUGUUUUUGUAAAAUGUUUCCUAGAUUGCCCAGGACUAUAUUACUCCUCCUAUUUUUAGAUCCAGGCAGGUGAAGAUGGAUGUUUCCAUGUCCGUGUGAAAGGAGAUGUAAAAGUAGACUGGUACAAAGGAGAUGAACUGUUAGAAGAUGCCGGCCAUGUUGUGAUUGUUGAUGAAGAAGAUGGCGAGACGUUCACUUUAGCUUUAGAAGAAGCGAGUGGACAAGACUCGGGAGUGUAUAAAUGCGUUGCAACCAAUAAAGCUGGUACCACAACAUGUACUGCAACAUUGAUAGUGGAAGGAGAGCCUUCAGAAAUUGCAAAGAAAGAACCAACAUCACAAAGAAAGGCGAGACCUACGGAGGAGUUGCCUGUGUCCAAACCCGCUGAAGAAAUGGUUGGAAAAUCUAUUCAGCUGCUUGUUGAAGGUAGGAAAGUAACUUGAAUAUCAACCGUGAAUUUGACUUCUUCUGAAAAUACCAACUACUAUUUGAUAGCCAACUACUAUCAUUAAACUAAAAUUACUGAUACUGGACAAGUCUACCAGUUCCUAGAACUCCUGUAACAGCCGUCCCUUCUUCGUCCAGUGUCACUACGGGAGAAAGUCGCAGCAUUCGAAAAAACCCUUUCAUGCCUACCAUGUUUCGUAGAGUCAAAUGGAAGCACUGCAACUGAGGUUUAAAUAUGAUCAGAAAACUCUAUACUGCAGGGGCCUAUUGUUCAAAGGUGGGUUAGUGCUAACUGUAUCGUUUCACUUCAGAUGCUCCACCCGAACCAGGCUCCCCACAAUUUCUGAGCGAGUUCCAAGAUUGUGAGGUGGUGGCUGGCUCUGAACUAAAACUGGAAUGCAAGUUCUCAGGUUCACCUCAACCGGACGCAGAAUGGUUUAAAGACGGCGGACCUCUUGAGGAAAGUGACCGAGUCACGUGCACAGUGAGUGACGACGCGACAAGUCUCGUGAUCAAGAAGACCGAGGCAGAUGACGAGGGUUGGUAUCGAUGUCGUAUUUCGAAUGAAAAAGGAGCGAUCGCUGUUGAAGCUGAGUUGAUUGUUGUUGAAGUGCCAACGUUUGUGACUGGAUUGGAAGAUGUAACGAUUGAUGAAGGUAUGAAAUGACCAAAUUUAUUACUCAAGAAAUGUUUCCUAACUUGCCCACUUUGGGAAAAAAUGGCUAGGAAACAAUGUUUCCUGCCCACCUUCAGAAAACAUGGCCUGGGAAACAAUGUUUCCUGACUUGCCCACUUUAAGGAAAAAUGGCUAGCGAACAAUGUUGCGAUUGAUGAAGGUAUGAAAUGACCAAAUUUAUUAGUCAAGAAAUGUUUCCUAACUUGCCCACUUUGGGGAAAAUGGCUAGGAAACAAUGUUUCCUGCCCACCUUCAGAAAACAUGGCCUGGGAAACAAUGUUUUCUGACUUGCCCACUUAAAUGGCUGGGAAACAAUGUAACGAUUGAUGAAGGUAUGAAAUAGUCCAAUUUAUUCAUGGGUUUCACUAAGCACUAUUGUGCAGCAGAUGGUAGUCAAACAGCAGUUAUCAGAUGAAAAAAUAAUGUUUUCUUUUCAUUAUAUGUAGUAGUCUUGUAUUUGGAGGCAAAUAACUAAAAUGGAGAGAUGUGGUUUAGUCUAUUUGCUUCAACCGCGCUUACCUUUUAAGCUCGGAGACCUGGGUUCAAUCCUUAAUUGGUCGGAUCUCUACUCAAGGUCUUAAAGGACAUUGGCAAUAAAAAAUUAGUUUGUCUCAUUCAAAAGAACUCUUAAAAUUAUGUAUUAAACUCUAUCGCCGAUUUGUCAUGUCUUGCUUAGUUCUCGAAAUUUUUAGACCGAAAUUAAUCAGCUAUCCGCCAUCUUGGACUAAUUCUUGACCUCAUUAACUAUGGUUUUGAUGACUUCAAGAGUUGGGUUAACCAUAUAAAACUACUCUAAAAUGACCGAGUAACAUUCCAAAAUUGUUUGAAAUGUUUUUAAUCACUUCUAAAUUUCAGACAGCAACCAGAAACGAAGUUUUGGACCCAUAUUGAUCGCUUACUCUCAAGAUAAAAAAUUAGCGUGACCCCUCUCUUGACGUAACAUGCAUAUCCUCAAUAAUCCAAGAUGGCGAACAACUCACUUUUUUCAGUCGAAAUAUUUUGAAAACUAAGCAAGAUAUAAACAAUCUGUAAUAAAGUUUAAUAUGUAGUUUUAUGAGUUAUUUCAAAUGAACUAAACUAAUUUUCUAUUGCCAAUGUCCUUUAAAAUGAGGAGAAAGUGCUACCUUUACAUUGACAUCAGUAAAUGGUUAGACUUUCGCGUCUUCUCGAAUAAGGACGUUUAAAUCGUAGGUACCUUGGAUCCCCUAUCAAUUGGGCAAUAGCCUUUCGGGAAAGCCGCUCACCAAUGAUUGAGAAAGUCAUUAAACUGAAAUUGACGAUCAUCUGUUGUUCCGUAAUUUGUCCUUUAUUUUUUUAGGAGAAGAUGUUCAAUUUACAGUGAAGGUCGAGGGAGAACCGGAAGUAAGCUGGUACAAAGGUGACAAGCUAUUGCUCGAUGAAGGUCGUUACGUCAUUGUUGACCAGGAUGAAGAUCAAAUCUUCACUCUAGCCAUUGAAGAUGUUUUACCCGAAGACGAAGGCGAAUACCGAUGUGUAGCCGUGAACGAAGCGGGCAAGUCCGAAUCAAUUGCGAAGGUAGUCGUCCUUGACAAGGAAUACCCACCUGAGUUCACAAACGAAGGUCAGGACGAACCGUACUUUGUCAAAAAGGGCGACGAUUUGAGACUAGACGUGACUUUGAAAGGAAAUCCUUUGCCAGAUGUAAAGUGGUUUGUAGAUGACAAACCUUUGAGAAAUAAUAUCCACUAUGAUAUCACGGAUGAUGGUCUUGAACAUUCUUUGUGCAUUCGUAACGUAGCUCGAGAUGAUCGUGGUGUCUACAAAUGUGAAGCAUCCUCCAAGUUGGGAAAAGUCACCAGGAAAUUUCAAGUUAACAUUGAAGGUAAAAACUUGUUAUUGGACAACACUGGAUCAAUAAGGGACGAUUCUUAUUCGACCUCUAAAGAAAACAGUUUAGAACUGUAUAAAUAAAAAGUUUAUUUAGAUUUUGCAGUAACACUGAAUCAGCAGAGAAUAACUCGAUUUCUAAAUAGAGCAGUUUAAAACUGAGAGAGUCGUCAAAUAAAGUUAGUUUAUCGAGAAUAUUCUCCUUACAGGUCUUGCUCAAGAAGGCAUAUCUCCAGAAAUCAUUCAAAGACUAAUGCCAGUUGAGGUGAAAGAAGGUCAGACAGCGAAAUUCCAAAGCCGUGUGUUUGGUAAGCCAACACCUGAAAUCGAAUGGUACAAGGAUGAUACAUUGAUUGAAGAAGAUGCAGAGGGGGUCAGUUUCGACACAAAAGAUGGAUGUGAAAUAUUAAUCAUACGUGGAGUAUCACCAUCUGAUGAGGCAGAGUACAAAGUUUUGGCGCGGAAUCCUCUUGGGACAGCUACGUCAUCGGCUGAACUUCUCGUGGAGGAAGCAGUGGAGAAACCCGAGUUGAUUGAGCCGCUCAAAGAUGUUCAGGUAUAUAUUGAUUGAUUGAUUGAUUACAAAAAGGAAUGAUAUGUUCUUAAUUAGUUCAUGGAUGUUAAUAGACAAAAUCGGCUGUUUAUAUCGUUGGCCCCCAUUCACAAGUUUGGAUAACCCACAUACCCAGUUACUAUUGUUCUAGUUUAUCAGAGCAUACAAUAGAACAAAGGUAAGUUAAGCAAUAGAAUUGUGUAUAAGAGUUAUUCACUUGUGUAGAUAAUUCGAAUGCCUUUGUUCUGUUCUAUGCUUGAAUAAACUGGAUCACUAGGUAUGUGAGGUAUUAAAAGUUGUGAAUUUGGUAAAAAAUAAACGGUAACGAUUUUGUCUAUUGGUUGACGUGUUUGGAGGUAGUACAGUGGUUAAACAAGUACUAUCAAUCAUUGCAACUGGGAUUCUGAUUAUAGUUUGUACCUCAAUUGCACUGUGAGGAGUUCUUUUGCUCUAUGUUAACUGCUUCCUGUUGUAACACUAGAACGAUAAGGAAUGGCCCUUCGUGGAUUUCUAUGUUACGGGGAGAAGAGUUUAAUACUGUAGAGCUAUCUAUAGUAUAAAAUUGUUUAACUUAAAUUUUAGGUUAUUUAGGAUAUUUUAGGACUCAAUCUAGUCAGAAUUAACAUAUUUAGUUUCAAAUAAUUUCUCUUCUUAGAUCCAGUCGGGUGAAGAUGGAUGUUUCCGUGUUCGUGUGAAAGGAGAUGUAAAAGUAGACUGGUACAAAGGAGAUGAACUGUUGGACGAUGCCGGCCAUGUUGUAAUUGUUGAUGAAGAUGAUGGAGAAACGUUCACUUUAGCUUUAGAAGAAGCGAGUGGACAAGACUCGGGAGUGUAUAAAUGUGUUGCAACCAAUAAAGCUGGUACCAUAACAUGUACUGCAACAUUGAUAGUGACUGGGCCAAGCGGAGAAACAAUACCCCCAUCAACCACCGGGGAUUCGUCUCUCCAACCUACGUUAUCGGAAAAUGUACCCCAGGCGAUGUCCCCCUCGGACACUCGACCCUCCGAAGUUUCACCCCAGGAGGUUUCUCCCCCUUACUUUGAAGAGCCACAGCAAGAUAUAAUAUACGAUGUAAGCGAAGGUGAUACGGUAGCUUUCAAUCUGAACGUGCAUGGUCAACCAAAGCCCGAGGUCGAAUGGUUCAAAGAUGAUGAUAAGAUGUCAGAUGGCGGGAAUAUUCAUAUCACGCAAAAUGGCGGGAAACAUGAGUUGAGACUGCAGAAUAUGACCAUCGAGGACAGCGGUAUUUACAAGUGUGUUGCAAGUAACGAGGAGGGAAUGGAUGAAAGGACGUUUAAGUUGGAUGUUGAAGGUAGGGCUACGUAAAUAUUCUCAGUCUUAUCAUGGAUAAUAAAAUAAAUGGAUAGGAAACUAGCUGACGUGAUCUAAUGUUUUCAAUGGGCUGAUGGCGUGAUUGGAUGUUGAAACCUUGUUGCAAACCAAAUUCUAAAAACGGCAUGUUUAGCAAUAAUACUGUUAAAUAUUUUAGUCAAAGAGCUAAUGAAUAUAACUACUCCAUUCUACGAUGAAAUCUCUAAGUAUUCCCAGUCAAUUUUAGCAAAUAUUUCAAGCACUAAAGAGUGAAAAAGGCAUCCCAAAUUUCGUUAAAAUUUGUGACGCCAAUUUCGUAGCUACAAAUGUAAAAAAAUACAAAACAAAGACGAAAAACAUUUACCUUGAAUACUUUGUCGUGGCUUAGGCAUGUUUUUAAAACAAUUAGACCAGUAUAUGCUUCAAUAUUACUCUUUUAAAGCGGAAAGUAUAGCGAAACAACAAAAAUGCCGAGAACUUUGCAAUACGCGUGACGUCACAGAUUGCAACUAGGUUGUCUUUGCUUACGUCAGCUAGAGUCCUAUCCAUUUAUUUUAUUAUCCAUGGUCUUAUUCAGGUAUUUCAGGCAUCACACCACAAUAGCAUAUGGUAGAUUGUCACUGGACUCCAUGUUUUUUAAGUUAAGCAUGGUCGAAUCAUUCGGAGGUAGUACAUACGCUUUUCCAACUUGCACUAGCGCUAUGAUGCAAAAUACCACCGAGAUGGAUGACUGAUUCCAGCUAUAGACAGGGUUCGUACGGGUCCUGGAAAACCUGGAAAGUCAUGGAAUUUCAAUGUUCCAAAAUCCAGGCUUGGAAAUCCUGGAAAAUCAAUUUUAGUCAUGGAAAGUCAUGGAAAAUUGAAAUUUUACAUAACAUUAACAAAGUAUUUUACUUACCGUACUGUAUUUCAAUUUACCAGUCAUAAUAAUAUGAAUUGAUUGUUGUUAUAUAACGGAUUUUUGCAAGAGCAAAGUGAAUUUUGUUCUUUUGUUAUAUCUGUUAUCGUUAAAAUAUUAACGAAUUUCAGAAAUUCCAGACUUCCAGGUCAUGGAUUUUGAAAAAAAUGGUCAUGGGAAGUCAUGGAAAAGUCAUGGAAUUCUAAAUGGGAAAAGGUGUACGAACCCUGUAUAGACUAAAUUUUGAUCCAGACAAGAAGGACGAAAUCUAUCAUUAUUGCUCAAAAGAGCAUCCUUAAAUUAGUAAAAUUGCCAAAUUUGGUUGCAAAACUUUCGGCUCAAGAGUGGUGCAUUUUCCCGCGCGUAAUACUAAAAUACUCAAAAUUUGCUAAUUUCACAGGGCUAUAUUUUUCGUAUUUUACAACAUUUCGCAACCAAACUUUGCAAUUUUACUGAUUUAGGAUGCUCUUUUGAGCUAUAAUGAUGGAUUUCGUCUUUCUUGUCUAGAUAAAAAAUGAGUCGAUAGCAGGAAUAAAAACUUUUCGAGUGUUUUCAAACUUUUUUUUCCAAUUUUUGACAAAAAAGUCGCUUUCUUAUGCUCGCUAAUAUGUGCUCUUUAAGUUAACUGGUGUACGAAAUAUUAAGCUUUCAUUGUUCUGAACUUUACAGACACUCUCUCGGAACGAUGUUCUCCCACGAUCCUUCACGGCCUUAAAGAUUGCCAAAUUAUAGCAGGCAAACCGCUGGAACUUGAAUGUCAAUUCUUCGGAACACCAGAACCAAAAGUGCAGUGGAUCAAAGAUGGCGGACCGCUUGAAGUGAAUGAUAGAAUUACGGUGAGACAUACUGAAGGUGUUGCUAGACUGUGUUUCUCAAAGACUGAAGUUGACGACGAAGGAUGGUAUAAGUGUCGCUUGCUCAAUCCCUGUGGUGUCGUCGCUGUCGAGUGUGAACUUGUUGUUGUCGAGCCGCCCAAGUUUGUGAAGAAAUUGGAAGAUAUCGAAGUGGAUGAAGGUAUAAUGCUUGAUUUUAAAUUUCUCAAACUCACUAACAAUCCAUGAGCAUCAUUCAUAGCGCAAAGGAAACAAGUAGAAUAGAGUACCAUAAUGCUUAUUGGUGAGUUUUAAGAAGUGUUACAGGGCAGCAAAUUGUGGUUGACUUUAGAUAUGUUGUCAUUUACUGUAUUGGAGCAAGAAAGUGAAACCACCUAUCUUAAUUCUAUGCAUUUACCAUUAACUACAUACGUAAAACGCGCAAGUUGAUACAAGUCUGCAACAAGGUUGUUGUCAAGCCGAUAUCAGGAUGUGUUCGCACUGCUUGGUUCCAAUUGUUGUGACAAGUCUGGAACAGUUUGUUAUCACUUUGUUACAAGGUUGAUGACGGUAACAGACUUUGUUACAAAUUGUUCCAACAAGGCUAAUAUAGGCUGUUCGUAACAAGUUGCUACGAGCUUAUUGACGACUUGUUACGUGCAGACGAUAUCAGUCUUGUUGGAACAACUUGUUGGCUUCGUCAACCUUGUUAAAAAAUGAAAACAAUUAACUCUAAUAUAAACUGCUGGUUGACCAUCUUCUGCUGUACGACAGUCAUUACUACGUGUAGUUUUCUACGCAUACUUAUAUAAAUCCAUAUAUGAAAUGCUUUUGUUUAGGAGAAGAUGUUCAGCUAUCUGUCCAAGUCGAAGGAGAGCCGGAAGUGAGCUGGUACAAAGACGGAAUCAAAUUGGAGGAUGAAGGUCGUUACGUCAUCGUGGAUCAACUUGAAGACCAAAUAUUUACCUUUGCCAUCGAAGAUGUUUUACCCGAAGAUGAAGGCGAGUACCGAUGUGUAGCCGAGAAUGAGGCGGGAAAAUCCGAGUCCGUUGCGAGGUUGUUUGUCAGUGAUAAAGAAUACCCUCCUGAGUUUACGAACGAAGGUCAGGAUGAACCGUACGUUGUUAAAAAAGGCGAAGAUUUGAAAUUUGAUGCCACUGUCAAAGGAAAGCCGUUUCCAAAAGUUACGUGGUUUAAAAAUGAACGACCACUGCAGAGUAACACUCAUUUUGAUAUCUCGGAGAACGGUCGUGAAUUUUCGUUGGGUAUUCGGAAUGUAACGUUGGAUGAUCGAGGUGUUUAUAAAUGUGAAGCAACGUCGAAAUUAGGGAAGGCAACAAGGAAAUUCCAAGUGAAUCUUGAAGGUACGCUGUUUGGAUGUUUGUCGUAGUGCGAAUAGCAACCGCCUCAAUAAAUAGAUCAAUGUAAUCCCCAUACAAAUUACAUUCACAUUCCAACCUUUCGGAAACAACCGGUAUCUUCAUCGUGGAAAAUCUAAAUUCGUAGCUGUACUCCGACAAAUAGCUAGCCGAUCAUUUCUAUUCAAGCUAUCCAUACACUUAAAAACGCACAACUUGUAACAAACCUGCAGCAGACUUGCACGAAUGCUGUUUCAACAACUUUGUUUGUACCACUUGUUUCCAGGUUGUUGACAAGUUGUCAACGGGCUUGUUGGCAAUAUGUUACAAUGUUAUUGACUUCAACAGACUUGUUAUAAUUUGUUCCAACAACUUGCCAUGGCCUGCAAUUUCACAAGUUGUACAUAACAAGUUGAUAAAAUGCCAAGCAAGUUGACAAAAUAAAACACAAAACAAUAGACACUCCGAAAUUUGCUGUGUUGGUGUAAUGUACUCAGGUGAAUAAGAUGCUUGUGAUGUUACUCUGAGUGUAUAUCCUCCACAUCGGAGUGUCUAUUGUUUUGUGUUUUAUUAAAAUAUUCUAUGGCAACCGCAAGGUGAUAAAAUGGCAGAAUUGUUACAAGAUGUUGACAAACUUGCUAUUAGCCUGUUACGAACACAUCCUGUUGAAAAGAUGUGAGACUUGUACUUGAUUUAUCGAAACAUGUCUGUUGUUAUAUUUGGAUUAUUUUGGUUACAUUUCUACUCAUGUAUUUUUAGGUUUAUCCCAAGAAGGCACAGCGCCUGAAAUUGUUCAGAAAAUCGCAUCAACUGAAGUAAGGGAAGGAGACGAAGCCAAAUUUACAUGCCGUGUCCUUGGGAAACCCGUGCCGGAGAUUGAAUGGUAUAAAGACGACCAGCUCGUGGAAGGAAGCGAUACGGUGAAAUUUGAAAACCAAGAUGGCUGCCACACUUUGAUAAUCAAGAAUGUUUCGCUAGGUGAUGAGGCUGAGUAUAAAAUGCUAGCUCGAAAUCCUCUGGGAACUGCCUCGAGUACUGCUGAGUUGUUGGUUGAAGAGUCCGUGAACAAGCCCGAAUUGAUUGAACCAAUGACGGAUGUCAAGGUAGCUAAGCUAAUUAUACUGUCUUUUGUUCUGAUGUUGGUAGUACAGUGCCUUUUAACUUUGUGACAAGUGUUUCAUUCCUGCAAUAUGCAGUUCAGCAGUUGUCAGGUUAUAUUUUCGCCUCAGUCGCAUGUGAGAAAUGUGCUUCCAGUUUGACUCCACCAAAUAAAGCAGGUCUUCACCGGGUACACCGGUUUCAUUCCGUAGUAAUGUUUCUCUUGAGUGUCAAUGCUGUUUUUGAACAGCUGAAGGGUGAAUAGUCGCAUAGUAAGGUACGACACUAACCCUCCAGCUAUUCAAAAACAGCAAUGACACUCGAGAGAAUCUCAGAUUGAAUUUCCACUCAUUGAGUGUUAGUAAGCUUUUAGAAUAAGGGCGUUAACUGUGGAAAUAAAGUCAGUUUAAUUUAGGUUUCCCACCAUGGUAGCACUGCAUCAAUAAUUAAAUAGAUGACCUUCUGGGAUUUGGGGAGUUUAAAUAGAAGUACCAAUAGUGAUAUCCAGUAUAUUCAGUGUAGAUUAAUUUCACCAAUACUUAUAUUAAUAUUAAUUGAACCUCUACCAGGAUUCUGGUUUAUUAUUAACACAUUUUACGGCACAGUGUAGUUGAUUUAAUAUCGCUUUGAUAAGUUGCCUAGUGUGCAUUAUUCAAGCUAUUAAGUUAAAAAUCGUAAUCUUUUAGAUCCAGGCAGGUGAAGAUGGAUGUUUCCGUGUUCGUGUGAAAGGAGAUGUAAAAGUAGACUGGUACAAAGGAGAUGAACUGUUAGAAGAUGCCGGCCAUGUUGUGAUUGUUGAUGAAGAAGAUGGAGAGACGUUCACUUUAGCUUUAGAAGAAGCAAGUGUACAAGAUUCAGGAAUGUAUAAAUGUGUUGCAACCAAUAAAGCUGGUACAGUAACAUGUACUGCAUCACUCAAAGUUACUUCUGGAAAGCCUGGCGAACAAACAGAUAAAGAAGUUACUCCAGAAAAACCAAGUGAAAUCAUUAAACCACAACGUUUACAAGAAGUGAACACUCAGCCAACGUUUGAUGAUGGUAAAACAAUCAGUUUGACUGUUGAUGGUGAUUCUAUGGUAGUAACUUUGCCAGAAGACCAUACUACCAUGCCAGGAAAGCAACCCAGGACUGCAGAGCAACCUACUAUUUCUGACGAGAAAACCACCACCCCUGAACAGAAACCAACCAGCCCGAAAGAAAAACGUACACCUCCACAGAAAGCACCCAAAGUUACGCCUAAAAAAUUUCCUGAGGACAAAACACCAAAGAAGCCAAGUACUCUAAAACCUGAUAAAUCACAGCGUGAACCAGGGAAAGAAAUUAGCUUUACAAUUGACAGUGAAUCGGGGUUAAUAACUGCUCCUGAAAUUCUUCCAGAACAGGAAAUUGGAAAACCAAAAGGCAAGAAACCGCAAGUUGCUGGAAAGACAAAACCAGGGAAAGAAGAAUCCAAACCAGUUGAAAAAGAAAUAAGCUUCGCCAUUGAUGGGGAUUCUGUGUUGAUGGCCUCCCCGGAUAAUCUACCACAACAACAACAACAAAUUCCGGAAAAACCAAAAGGAAAGAAGCCUCAAGUUGCUGAAAAGACAAAGCCUGGAAAAGAGAAACCGUUUGAACCUCUUGGAAAAGAAAUAAGCUUCACAAUUGAUAGCGAGGCUGGUUUAAAGACUUCCCCAGAUAAUCUGUCAGAACGAGAAAGCAAGAAACCAAAAGGCCAGAAACCUGAAGUUGUCGAAAAGUCAAAGCCUAGAAAAGAAAAACCCAAAGAAUUUGAACCAGUUGGAAAAGAAAUAAGCUUCACAAUCGAUAGCGAAUCACUGGUACCGGCAUCCCCUGAAGCUCGUCCUGGACAACAAACCAAGAAACCUAAAAGCCAGAAAUCUAAAGUGCCAGAAAAGAAACAGCCAGGGAAAGAACACUCGAAACCAUUGGAAAAAGAAAUGAUCUUUAGCAUCGAUAGUGAGUCACUUUCUCUUGCUUCCCCCGAAACUCGUCCAGAACAGAAGAGCAAGAAACCAAAGGUCCAGAAACCGCAUGGACUUGACAAACCUGAGCAACCAAAACCAUUUGAAACUGUUGGAAAGCCAGUAAGUUUGAUCAUAGAUGACGGCUCUCUGAUAAUGACAUCACCCGAGGAAAGACCCAAUCAGAAAACAACAGCACCACAAACCAUGAAGAAACCAACGAAAGAUAAGACACAACAGCCCACAGAGAAAGUUGAAGCUGUUAAGCCCAAGAAAGACAAAAAGGAACAGCCCAUUGAUAAAAAACAACCUAAAGAUACUGUUCCUAAAGUUGCUGCCAAAACAACGAGAGAUAAAACACAACAGCCCAAAGAGAAAGAUGCUAAGCCUACGAAAUACCAACAGCCUACUGAUAGUACUCGCCCUGUUGAAAAACAUCCUAAAGAUACCGCUACUAAGGUUGCUCCCAAGACAACUGGGAAACCGGUGGAAUUGCGUAUUGACGGAGGGACAAUGACAAUGACUUUGCCUGCUGAAGAAAUUAUUAUUCCUCAAGAGGAAUCCAGUGAGCAAUUCCUUGCUCCCGAGUCUGAAUCCGAUGACAUCAUAACACAACUUGAGGAAGAAGUACGACCUGCAAAGGAUAAACCACUUUCAGCACCUCCGGCAGUCAAAACGAAACCGAAAAAGCCCGCGCCUGACAGCACUGAAGAUGACAUUGGGAAACUCGCGUACACAACGAAGCGUGACGAUGGCUUACCUGUGUGGGCAAGGCGACCUAAGAAACCCGCAAAGGAUGAAACACCUUCAGCUAAAAAGCCCCGCGAAAAAUCAACCAUGCCCUCAAAAACUACUUCCGAUAAAAAUAAACCGGACAGACAGGAUGUGGUAGCCAAAAAACCGGAACGAGAUCAAGCUGAACCAGUUGAAGACAUUCCUAAACCAAUUGGAGUGGAAAUCGGACAAAAUGUCCAGGUUUUGUUAGGACCCGACCAAGGUGUCCCAAUAAUACAACUUAAACCCAAGCAUGAAGCCGAACUAAAACCGAAGCAAACCGAAGUAAAACCGAAACCGUCCGAGGUUAAACCGAAACAUCAACCUGACGUAAAGCCGAAGAAGUCUGAGAAGGGGAAAAAGCCAGAGGUCGAAAAACCCGGUAUUCAAACACCCGAGGUAUCAAAACUGACGAGAGAUGAGAGCGACAAACCUGUUAAACCGAGUAAAGAAGUGGAAUUUGUCUUCAAAAUAGAUACAUCAGAACUUGAAGCGAAGAAACCCGAAGAGAAACCGAAGGACGCACGGAAACCUCACGGAAGUGUCCAAGAUAAAAAAGAUAAAUUCCACGGGAAACCUGAGAAAAACGUUCCUGAGUGGGCGAGAAAAGGUCGAGCAAAAGACACACCUCCCCCUGUUAAACCGAAAACUAAACCAAAAUCAACUGAGUCUAGGAAAAUACCGGGGGAGGCAGAAAUCGUUCCAGAACUUAGCAAAGACGUAGAGGAACCAGGCGUCGAGCUGAGAGAAGGCGAAGACGCUCAACUACAAGUGAAGUUUAACUUAGGAACAUUACCAUCAAAUGUUGAAUGGUUUAAGGAUGGGAGUAAGUUGGUUGAUAAGCCACGAUGUACAUCAAAGACCUUUGGGGAUAGUUUUGAACUUCUAGUGAAAAACGUGACACCAAGGGAUAGUGGUACCUACGUAUGUGUGGCUACAAGUGAAGCUGGGAGUUCGACCAGGACAUUUGAAUUGAUUAUUGACGGUAAGAGAUUAACAUUUCUAUAGCGAAACUUCAUAUAUGGAUACGAUAAAAUGCGUUUACAUCAAGUACUACGCUUACUUUAAUUACGCACUUAGCCAUGACUAUUUUAUCUUUUACAACAAAUGUGAUAUUAAGUUAAGUUCUUUGUAGGUUUGCAUGGCGAUAAAACAUGUAAUAAUACUAUUGUUUGUGGAAACACCACGUAAAUUAAUUUAUUGUUCAAUUCACACGCCCUUUUAUAUACCAAAGUGUCGUGAUCUGUUGUUAAUUGUGAUAUUAUUUUCUUAACUGUAUUUAUCCUAACCCACCAGAGCGCCCGGGGAAAACCCACGACUUUCGGCGGAGCGCUAACUGACUCUUCUUACAUGAGUGGACAACGUGAGAAUCGAACCUACGAUGAAAGGCGCUAAGCAGGAAAGUCGCACCAAGAAAUAUUAACUGACUUUAUUUAUACUAAAUAGCUAGCUAUAUCUGUUCUAAACUGUUCUCCCUAACGGUCCAGUGGUGUCCAUUUUGAUCCAGUGUUACUUCAAUCAGAGCUCAUUAAUGUUUUUCAGUGCUUGCGAGCAAAGCCACAAUACCAGUUUGUACAUUUGUUCUGUGUAGACCAUAAAUAAUAAAUGGUGUUUUGUUGUUUCAUCUAGCUCCAAAGACUCCAUUACAACCGCAACCUUCAGACAGAGUCACAUUCAAGCAAGAAAUGAAAGAUAUCGAAGUGGGUGAGGGUGAUGUUGCGACGUUCGAUGUACUUAUAGAUGGCGCGGAUCUGGAAGUAGACUGGUACCGAGAUGACGAACUGCUUGAAGACGCGGGAAGAAUCAUCAUUGAGGAUCCGCAUCCUGAAAGUGAUGAUAAUCUCUACUCAUUGACCAUCGAGAACUGCGGACCCAAGGACUCAGGUAUGAAAUGUCCUUUCACCGGUAUCACAGGUUGGUGGCAUGGUUCAAGUGCCUGGUACCUCGAUGUCUGGAGGUGGUUAUGGAUAGGCUGGAUAGCGGUAUUCACCGGAUGGUGAUUUUUUCGACCUUUCUUGAAUUGGCCGUUGAUUUGUACAAUCAAGAUUAAAUUUUAUUUUUUUAUAAAUUGAAGUUUCUUUUUAUUAAUUGCUAUACUGCCUUCCUCCGCAACCAGCCCCUGGUGUUUUGUUCUUUUAAUGGUCUGUUGUCUGAUCAUUGUACUUUUAUCUCAGUCGUAUUUGAGAAGAGUGCUUCCAGUUUGACUCUAUCAAACAUCGCAACUUAUAUCCAGGUCACAGAAUAGGAAGUUAUACCAGAAGCGUAACUCUAGUCGUUUCCCUUAUUGUUUGACGUCCACGAAAAUUUUUAACUCGCUCACGUCAGGCCACGCCAUCCUGGCUAGUACAGCCGGAAGUUUUUAUCAGGAUUUGUUAGGUACAAAGUGCCGGUUGUACUAGCCAGGAUGGCGUGAUUGAUGACGAAUCGCUUGUAAAAACGCGGACAAAUAUUUGCUCGAGUUACGCUUCUGGUAUAACUUCCUAUUCUGUGUCCAGGUACUCUUGUUUUCUGCUAUAGUAACACUAAACCAAAAUAGGAUGUCCUUCCUGGACCUUUACUUUGGGAGAACAGAUCUGAACUGAUGGAACUAUAUGAGUUUAGGUUUCCUUCUGUGGUAACACAUGGUCAGCAAGUGAUGGUCCUAACUGGACCUCUAGGAAGAACAGUUUAGAAGGAUAGAGCUAUCCAGUACAACUAAAAUUAUUUGUAUUGAGGUUCCCUUACCAAUGGCCCUAACUGAAUCUCUACUAUUUUUUUUAUAAUUAUCUUAAUAUGUAAUUGAUAUUUUAUUAUAGGUCUUUACAAAUGUGUGGUAAACAAAGAUGGUAAAGAGAGGGUCACUAGUGGAUAUCUGCACAUUACCCCCGCUGGAGAGACGCCGAGAGACACCAAGAAAUCAGAAAAAAGUAUUACAACUGCCCCUGUUUUCACUACCAACCUGCAACCAAUCGAGGUCAACCCAGGCUAUACUAUUACUUUAAAAUGUUCGGCAAAAGAUACAUCAAGUAUUGAGUGGUAUAAAGACGAUCGCCGCUUAACCAAAACAUCACGGAUUCAUAUAGACCAGAAAGGCGAUCAAUUCACUUUGACUAUAAAACCUGCACGACCUGAUGACGCAGGCACCUAUCGUUGCGUAGCAACUGGACCAGGCGGGAAGACAGAAUCGGUAGUUGACGUGAGUGUUCGGAAACCGCUCGCUCCUUCGAAGUUUGAGGAUAAACUAAAGAAUACGGAUGCAAAGGAAAGUGAUAGAGUCCAGUUAAUUAUACGGAUCAGUGGGGAGCCUACUUUGACUUGGUAUAAAGAUGGGAAACUUUUACCGAUCGGAGAUCGGUUCUCGGUGGAAUGCCUAAACCCGGAGAAAGGUACCUAUGCGUUGUGUAUUGAUAAUGUAAACCUCUCUGACGCAGGGAGAUACAAGUGUGUGGCCAAAAACCCGGCCGGGGAAUGUUUCUGCUCGACAAGUUUGCAAGUAAAGGAGAAACUCGCAGGUCCAGUGUUUGGUGAGGUGAUCUUGAACUUGAACAUUAAUGAAGGCGAGGAUAUGCUCAUUGAAAUACCGCUGACCGCUAAACCUGCGCCCAAAGUCACGUGGUACAAAGAUAAUGUACAGUUGUAUAAUUAUGCCAGAUGUAAGAUGCAGAAAGUUGGGGAUGUGUACACGUUGAAUAUUAAACAGAUGGCCCCGCAGGAUGCCGGGACGUAUAAAGUUGUGGCCAAGAAUUCUGCUGGCUCAGGAACGAAGGAGAUAAAUGUUACAAUUACAGGUGAGUUUUAUUAUUGUUGCAGGAUUUUGUAGGCGGAAAUUAUCGAGUGUGAAUUUUAUACAUUUAUUAGACCUAACCAGUUGCGAAAAAUGCAACUAUAAGUCCUCUGGCAGGAAUCGAAACUGCGGCCCUGCGAUUCCAGUGCAGCACUCUAACCAACUGAGCUACAGAGGCCAGUUGUCGAGCUCUAACCGCCGCAAGGGUAAAUACUAAGGUGAUGCCGCGGUAAGGUAUGGGUUAAUGUCAGAAUUUUUGUGCAUCUCACUGGAUUGAACUGAUGUUGAAGAAUUUUGUAGAUGAAAAUUUCGACUGUAAAUUUUAUACAUUUAUUUUAUUAAAAUAUUUAAUCGAAUAUUUUGUCAAAAUUUCGAAUUCCCACAAGGUAUUAAUAGACCCAUUGCACUGACGUCACAAAUCCUUAGAGUGUCCUCCAGAUGCUCCCUAACAAUAUCUAUUCGGGUACAACAACCACAUACAGCGCAAAAAUUAACCAUUUUAAUACAAAAUUAUUACAGAGUUUUACAAAAUUUGCUUUGUUUACAAAAGUUAUAUUAUGCAUAGAUAGCCAAUUUGUCCUCCAGAUGCAUCGUCACCGGCGCUGUGAUGUCAUGGGUCUAUAGGUGUAUUUUACUGAGCACUUUUAUGGAACAGGUGGUAUUAUUUUUUUAUUUUAAGCUCCAGAUAAGAAGCAGCCCCCUGCAGUGAAGGACAAGAAACCUCGUGCCCCCGUCUUCAACAAGAAAAUGUCUGAUGUCGAAGUCACGCCUGGUGACAACGCAAUCUUUGAGGUGCAUGUUCCGGACCAGCCUGGACUAGAUUGGUACAAGGAAGGAAUCCUAAUCGAGGACGAAGGUCGGUUUGUCAUAGAAGAUGCCGUUGAAGGCGACCAGCUUUAUCGACUGACUGUUGAAAACUGCGAGCCGUCUGACCAUGGAACUUACACAUGUCUAAUUAAAAACGACCACGGUGAAACGCAAUGUUCCGCAAAACUUGUGAUUUCUAAACCACUCCCGAAAGAGGUUAUCGAGAAACCAUCCAAAGUGAAACCACUUUCUACCACCCCUGGGAAAGCUACGUUUGAACCAGAGAGGACUCCUGACCAAAAAACUAAGGCGAAAUUUGGGAAAGAUUUAGGAAAGGGCCCGAAAGAAGUUAUCGAAAAACCUUCCAAAGUAACUCCACUCUCUACCGCACCAGAAAGAGCAAAGUUUGAACCACAAGGCUCACCCGACCACAAAACCAAGAAGUUUGCAAAGGAUACCUCGUUACAGCCAACAGUCAGGGCGAAACCUUCACCCUACGAAGGGAAAGAUUAUGCUGAUGAAAAUGGCGCACUACGGAAAAAGUUUGAGCCACAAAGCUCACCCGACCACAAAACCAAGAAGUUUGCAAAGGAUACCUCAUUACAGCCCACUGUCAGGGCGAAACCUUCACCCUACGAAGGGAAAGAUUAUGUUGAUGAAAAUGGCGCACUACGGAAAAAGUUUGAACCACAAAGCUCACCCGACCACAAAACCAAGAAGUUUGCAAAGGAUACCUCAUUACAGCCCACUGUCAGGGCAAAACCUUCACCCUACGAAGGGAAAGAUUAUGCCGAUGCAAAUGGUGCACUACGGAAAAAGAUCCCCGUGGAUAUACCCCCGGGUAAAAGAAAGGUCUUAGAGCCAAUGGAAGGUCUUGCCGCGAAACCAAAGUUUUUGAAGGAACUGAAAGGUGGCAGGGUAAGAUGAGAUAAUAUAUCUUUUUGUACCACAUAGAUUUGUCAGUUCUGAACUGUUCAUUCUAGAGGUCAAGUAACGAUGUUAAGUUGAGCUAGAAGCACUCUUGUCACAUGGGAAUGAGGUGUAAUUAUAGUUAGACAAGUACCUACAAAAAAAAACUGAACCCUGGUCGCAUGGACCUACACCCCAGUCUCAAUGAUGGUGUGUCGUUCUAAAAUAUUUUGUCGUUUUAGGUUGACGAAGGUGACAAUAUCACAUUGGAAGUUGAAGCUAUAAAUGAGCCUUAUAUCGAUUGGUUUAAAGAUGAUGUUCUGUUGGACGACGGUGGACGAAUUAUAAUUGAAGAUGCUAUCGAAGGUGAUACUUUGUAUAGGCUAACUAUAAAGGACUCAACCCCCGCUGACAGCGGGGAAUACAAAUGUAUCGCUACGAACGAUGCUGGUGAGAUUUCUUGUGCUGUUUACAUCGACGUGAAGUCAGGCCACUUGUUACCAGAAUUUAUCGGAAGUACUACAGAGAGCCCCCUUAAUGUCACCGAGGGGCAGGACGGGAAGAUUGAUGUAGAGAUCAGAGGUAGACCGGAUAUGACUGUCACGUGGUAUAAGAGUGAUUUGAAAUUACGUAAUGAUCGUCACGUGAUGAUGGAGAAUAAGGGGAAUGGUUACUAUUUAACUGUGAAUAAAAUGAUGAAGUCUGAUGCUGGUGUGUACAAAUGUGUCGCAAGCUGUCCGGCUGGAAGUGUUAGCAAGGAAUUCCAAGUCAAUAUCACAGGUAAUUCUUGUUUAAACAUGAUAUUAUUAUUGAAAAUUAUGGACAUAUGGGGUUAGAGCACUGCUUUUGAAGUGUAAUGACGGUUAGAAUAUGGGCCAUCAUAAAGUAAUCUGAUGUUGUGUGUCAUUGUUGAGAUGAAUGUGUAUAUGUUCCUUACAACCUGGUGACAGAGGUUUGAUUUCUGCUAGUGGCGAAACUUACCAUGGCAACUGGUCAUGCCGUGCUAAUAAACGUGUAUCUAAUUUCUAAAUGUUUGGAUAAUGCAAAUCAUUAAAAAUUUGCAUAGCAUGACCUGUUGCUAUGGCUAGCUUCGCCACUGAUUUCUAAUUUCACCUCAGUAGUCGCAUGUGAGAGAAGAGUGCUUCCAGUUUGACUCUACCAAACUGCAGGUUUCGUCUGUAGAAACAAUGGACUAAUAGAUGAACAAUACCGAAUCUGGACUUAUUUUUCUCUAGCAAAAGACAGGAAAUCCCUCUCUCUUCAAAAGACAGUCCGCAAACCACAGUUUAUCGAAAGACCCAAACACACAGACGUCAACGAAGGAGACGAUACUGUCUUUACUAUCCGUGUGAGCGGUGAACCGGAAGUAGCCUGGUACCACGAUGAUAAACCUCUUGUAAAUGACGUACGCAUCGGAAUGGAAUCGGAAGGCGACGUGUUCCGACUUUGCAUCAAAGACACGAGUCUCGAGGACGCAGGUCGUUACAAGUGUAUAGCAAAGAAUAGUGCUGGUGAAAGCUCAUGUGCUGUUAGUCUGCGUGUGAAGGAGACUUUUAUCCCACCGGAGUUUGUGCCUGUGUCAGAAACCCGGUACGAGGUUGAUGAAGGCAGUGACGUAAUGUUUACCACCAAGGUUAAAGGUCGUCCUGAACCGAAGAUCACGUGGUUUAAAGAUGACGUAAGAUGUGACGCUCGGUUGAAAACUACGAGGAUUGGUGAUGAGUAUAUACUGACAAUCAGUCGUGCGACAACGUUGGAUUCUGGGAUGUAUAAGUGUACUGGGUCAAGUCCUGCUGGUAGUUCUAGUGUCGAGUUUGAGUUGGUAGUGAAUGGUAAGUGACUGGUGAAGAUAGGCAAACCUUUCAACUCUCUGACCGGUUUGGAUUCUUACAAUAUGUAGUUGUCAGAUUAUACCAUGUGAGGGGAACGCAUCGAGCUUGACUCCACCAAAAACCUUAAGUUUCCAGUGGAUACUCUGGUUUCUUGCUGUAGGAACAAUGGACCCAAAUGGAAUGGUUCAAUAUUAAUAACAACUUAUCAACAGAAUGUGUUCGCACUGUUUGUUCCCAGCUUGUUGGAAAAUUGUGAAGGGCUUGUUGACAACUUGCUACAAGGUUGUUGAGCUUAACAGACUUGUUACAAGUUGUUCCAACAACUUGCUAUCGUCCUGCAAUUCAUCAAUUUGUCAACAAGUUGUGAGUGACAACCUUGUAGCAACUUGAUAAAAUACCAGCAUUGUUACAACUUGUUGACAACCUUGCUACAAACCUGUUAAGUACAUAUCUUGUUGUCAAGUUGUGAGAUUUUAUGUGUGUAGUACAGCUAUCCAUUUUAAAUAAAGUUACUUUAGUUUACUUUUCCUGUUGUAAUAACACUGAAGCAAUACAAGUGUGCAAUUUUCUAGCCCAAGCAGAAGAAAAGAAAGCGCCUGAAGAGAUUGGUGACCGCCCGAUCUUUGCAGAAAAGAUGCAAGAUAUUGACGUGUGCCAGGGGGGUGAGGCGGUGUUUAGCGUGCGAGCAAGUGACAGCCCGAAGAUUGAAUGGUAUAGAGGUGAUAGACAAAUUGAAAAUAAAGGAAGAUUUACUAUACAGGAAGCUAAGGAUGGAGGUAAUGUAUUAGUAUUGAGUGGUCUAUUAUCUGCAUUGGACCUUUACCAAUACAUUCCAAACUAGAUAUUUAGUAGUUUCAAUGUUUUAUUUUCUAGAUGAUUUGUAUCAGUUGAUUAUCGACGAUGUUAAGGCCAGCGAUAUUGGCACCUAUGCAUGUCGUGUUACAAAUGAUGUUGGCAAGAGUUCGUGUUCUGCUAACCUUUACGUUGAUCGAGCUGUUACAGUACCACAGUUUGUCGGGAAAGAUGAACCUCUGCCUGAACUCUUGGAAGGAGAUGAGCUAAGGUUUGUACCUUGAUAUUUAGUUGGUUUCAACAAGAACAACAACAGCAACAACAACAGCAACAACAACAACAACAACAACAGCAACAACAACAGCAACAACAACAACAACAACAACAACAACAACAACAACAACAACAACAACAACAACAACAACAACAGCAGCAGCAGCAGCAACAGCAGCAGCAGCAGCAGCAACAACAGCAACAACAGCAGCAACAGCAACAACAGCAGCAGCAACAGUAACAACAACAACAAGGACAGCAGCAACAGUAACAACAACAAGGACAGCAGCAACAACGACAACAACAGCAGCAGCAAUAACAACAACAACAACAACAACAGCAACAACAACAACAACAACAACAGCAGCAAUAACAGCAACGACAACAACAACCCUUGACCAAUUCUUUACUAUCAUUUAUGUAAAUUUUCCUAGGUUGAGAGCAACGGUCAGAUCGUUCCCCAAACCGGAUGUAAUCUGGUUUAGAAAUGACGUCAGACUACGAGGUGAUGCAUACGUCAAACUGCAGCCGGUGAAUGACGAAUAUAACGUGAUCGUACGAAACCUUAAGCGAACAGAUUCCGGAGUGUACCGAUGUGAAGCGAGCACUUCAGCUGGAACUGCUUCAAAGGAGUUCAAGGUUGAGGUCAAAGGUGAGAUACUGAAUGAAUAGUAUUAUGGAAUAUUUAUCUGGAAUGUUUUUCAUCUUGAUUGUGGCGUCACAGUCCGGAGGUCGAUUCAUGUAUUAUGCACUUGUCUGAUAUCAAUUUCACCUCAGAUGCUUGACAGAAGAGUGCUUCCAAUCUGACUCUACCAAACAUUGCAGGUUUUCUUCGAAUACUCCUGUUUUUUUCCUAGCCCGUACUGGACCACAACAGAUUAGAAUUCAUACAUUUAUAGUAAAACAAUUAUUAAUAAAAUGAACUGUUCUCCCUGGAGGUCCGGUAAGGGCGAUCUUUUAUUGGUCCAGUGUUGCUUCAGAAGGAAACCGGAGAACCGUAAGAAAACCUGCAGUCCAGUGGAAGGAGUCCAAUGAGACAAAUACAUAACAACUUUGCCACUAAUACUUACAUGCCAUGUUUUAUUUAGAAAAACAAAGAAGACAAAAUGCAGCUACGAUCAACAAAGGUCUUAAGGAGAGCUAUGAUUUAGAAGAAGGUAAUCCUCUUAAACUCCAGUGCGACGUCAGUGGCCGACCUGCUCCCGACGUGGAAUGGUUUAAAGAUGACGAACAUGCUGAAAAUAUGAGACAGAUUAAGAUUGACAAUGUUUCGGGGUUGUGUACUUUAAAAAUAAAGAGCUUGAAACCCCAACACUCGGGCACAUACAGAUGUGUCGCAACAAACCCCGCAGGCACGGCUGAAACAGCGACUGUAGUUACAGUAAGAAAAGAGAUUGCUCCCCCUGAGAUGAAAGAAAGACUACGAAAUAAAGAUGUCCGUGAAGGCGAGAGAAUAAAACUUGAACUAAGAGUCACAGGUGAACCCGAACUCAUUUGGACUAAAGACGGCAAUGCUGUCACAAGUCAAGGGCGGUUUUUAAUCGCAACUACCCCAACAGCUAAUAAUGCAUAUUCACUAGAGAUUCAAGACUGUACUCUCCAAGAUUCAGGCCGAUAUAAAUGUGUGGCUAAGAACAGCCGUGGGCAAGUGUUUUGUUCGUGUACUGUAACCGUUUUAGAAAAACAAGCAGCGCCCGAGUUUUCUGAUCCUAAAAAUGUCGAUGUUUCUUUACAAGAAAACGAGGAACUACGGUUAGAAGUAAUUGUCAGUGGAAAGCCUGAACCGCGUGUCAAGUGGUUUAAAAAUAAUUUUGCAGUCAUGCAAACUGGUGGUCUUAGGUUGGAGCAGAAAUCCGGGAAGUAUUCAUUAGUUGUAGCCAAGGCAAAGCAAAGUGAUAGUGGGUCGUUCAAAUGUGUCGCUUCAAAUAUUGUCGGCAGUGUGAAUAAAGUUUUCCAAGUGUCUGUGAAAGGUGAGUGUGCAAUUGUGAAUGCUGUACGCGGGCUGUGCAAAACUUGUCAAGGUUUUUUUUGUUUAGCUGUAGAGCAAGGCAUUAUUGAUUAUGUAUUGAUUAUUUGAUUUAUCUAUUGAUUGUCGAUCAAGUUCGGCAACCGAUUUAUACGUCGGACGUAAUUGGAAGGAAUUCGAGGGAAUUGAUUCAUUAUUUAAGAAUAAGUCAGUUCCCUGAAACAUAUCUUACAAAUCCUUCAAAACUUAGAGUUUACCUAUGAAAAAUUCCUACUGUGGUCACAGAAACCUUGAUAGUGUAAACCUGUUAAAUCAGGCUUAGAAUUAUCAAAACUAAAUCAUUGUUGACCAUAAUUUUCCUUGUUUUCAGCUGGGAAAGCGGAAGGGCAAUCUCCAGCGUUCCUUGAGGAACUCCAGCCUGUGAAAACGAAGGAAGGAAGAUUAGCUCGAUUGGAAUGCAAACUGCAGGGUCAACCAUCGCCCAAAGUUGAAUGGCAUAAGGAUGACGAGAAACUGGACUUGGGAAGCAGAAUAAAAGCCGAACGUGAAGGCCAAUAUUGUGUAUUGACUAUAAAAGACAGUAAGCCACAAGACAGUGGUAUGUACAUGUGUGUUGCGUUUAAUGAUUUUGGUAGCAUAGCUACUAAUGCUGAACUUGUGGUGGAGUCUGUACUAACUGAGCCAGUGUUUGAAGAAAAGCUUAAGAACAUCGAAGUUACUGAAGGCAAGGAAGCAACGUUUACAGUAAAAGUUGACCCAAAUUCAUCCCCUACAGUAACAUGGUGUAAGGACAACAAAGAUAUAGCCGGCUCUGGUCGGCAUAUGUUGACUAGCAUUGUGGAGGAUGGGAUUUAUUCUUUAGUGAUCAGAAAUUGUGAGGUUAAUGACACUGGCCGGUAUACAUGUAUUGCUAAGAACGACGUAGGAGAGAUCAAGUGCAGCGGAAGAUUGGAGGCAAAGGCAUCCGUCACAGUGCCUGUGUUUGAAUCAGGUGACCACGAUGAGCCAAUAGAAAUCGAGGAAGGAGGGAAACUUCAACUUUUGGUAAAUGUGAAAAACAAACCUUAUCCCAAAGUGAAAUGGUAUAAAGAUGGAAGAUUGCUUCUCACCGGUGCGCGACUUUACAUCAGGAGUACUGGGGGCGAGUAUAGUCUGGAGGUGCCGCGAGUCACCGCAAAGGAUGCUGGAUUGUAUAAAUGUGUAGCAACCAGUCCUGGUGGAACUGCUUCUAAAGUGUUCAAUGUCACUAUCGCAGGUAUGGUGAUUCAUUAUAUUUGAUUUUAACCAGCAUAGGAUUGCCCUCUAGGGAGUAGAGUUUAGAACUGAUUGAGCUACAACCUCGUUCCCAAGCUCGUCCCUCUUUAUAGAGCUAUCCAGUGUAGAUAAAGUUAUUGUAGUUUAGCUCUCCUCCUAUAAUAACAAUGGACCAUCAAUACAGAUGGCCUUAUUGUACCUCUAGUCGGAACAGUUUAAAUGAUAGAAAGUUACUUAAUUCCUGGUCUGCCCCACCAAACCAAGCACAAGCAAAAAAUGUGUAGUCAAAUAUCUUUUUAAUUGUCGAUCAAUGCUUUUGUCUUCUAGACUCGAGGAAAUCAAGAUCUUUCGGUGCAACAGCUUCAAACGAAAGUGUUAAACACAAACAAGUCAUUCAGGAAAAACAGGUUGCCACAGUGGAACGCCAGGUGCAGGCUGAGCUUGAGAGCGGACUGGAAAGUUUUGAACCAUCGACAGAUGAGGUUGAUAGUGAUGGUCAGUUUCAACCUCGGUUUGUUCAGAAACUUCAAGAUUUAGAAGUCGUUGAAGGGAGUGCUGCUCGCUUAGAUAUCAUCGUUAAAGGUAUGUAAGAUCUUAGUGGGGAGGUACUCACGUUUAUGAAAAAUAUGUACUUAUUGGUUACAAGAAGAACAGUUCUUGGUACUUAUACAGUAAGAACAGUUUAGAACUGAUAGAGCCGUCCAGUAAAACUGUUUAGUUUAGAUUUCUUCCUGUAGUGACACUGAGGGAUCACCCUUACCAAACCUCUAGAAAGAACAGUAUAGAACCAAUAUAACUAUUUAGUAUAAAUAAUGCUAGAUCAUUAUAAUCUUUCAAUGAUUUCCUUUCUUCUUUUACAGGUAACCCUGAACCAGAUGUAUCGUGGUACAAAGAUAACCAGGCAAUUUUUGAAAAUAGAAGAAUCAAAUUUCUGUACGAAGAUGAUGGCUUGUGCUCACUAGUGGUCAGAGAUAUUACGACUCAAGACAGAGGGAAAUAUAAAUGUGUUGCAAGCAAUAAGAAAGGAAAGAUACAGUGUAGUUGUGAACUGUUUGUCGAGGGUAAGUUGGCGUGAAGGAUAUUUGGCUGUUUUAAUUUUAUUGUGUUGUUGACAAGGCCUGCUCAUGUUCUCUAUGUAGUUUACAUUUAUUUUCCUUUUCAGUUCAUGGGUUUGAAGGAUCUUUAACGGAAUCAGAUACAGAGCCUCUGACACCGAAAUCUUUAUCAAGGUUCGUUGUUUAACGAGUAUUUAAUUUUAACUUUGGAUAGUGGAUUACUCCAUCAGUUCUAAACUGUUCUUUCCAGAGCCAACCCUUAUUGAUACGGUGUUACUACAGGAGGAAACCGAAAUACAGGGAGAAAUUUUGCGGUGUUUGAUAGAGUCAAACCAGUCUUUCGAGACAUGGUCUGGAAACUCAGUAAACUUCAAAGCGGUUAUAAUGAGCUGGGAUUUUAUGUUGAGCCGUACCUUACACCGUGCACAUCCUUUGUUUUAGGUUUAUUAAUAUUUAAAUAGCAUGGUUGAAUGACUGAACUGAAACGUUGCUAUUGGAUGAUUCGUUCAUUAUACUGAAAUACAAUGUGUUCAUUGACCGUGCACCGUGCACAAAACUGCAUAAACGCGAACAAAUAGAUAGAACAAAGACUUUAGCGGAGUUUCCAAAUCAUGUUUUGAAAGACUAUGGUCAAACCGAAGGAGAUCAGGAUUUUAAAAUGUAUCUUCUUUUAAAUAACCCUUUAGUGAAUUCCUGUAUGACAGCGAAGAAGAUAGAGCCGCACAGCAGGUUGAAGAAACUCCUAAAAUAUCCCUUGUUUUGCGAAGUAAAACUGUCAGCCCUGGAAGUACAGCCAAGUUUGCUUGUCGCUAUCAGAGUAAGACCAGAACUACGGUGGAGUGGAGUAAAGAUGGCAAGCCUGUAAGACAGGACUCUAGGCAUAAAAUGGAACAUGAUGGGGAUUUGUGUGCGUUGACAAUUCUGAGAGUGAAUGCAGAUGAUGUUGGAGAAUAUACUGUUGUGUUGAAAAACGACGCGGGACAGUCGAACAGUGCCGCUUCGCUUUUAGUUGAAGGUAGUAUGUGAUAGCUUUGUCAAUUCAAUGCUGUUCUCCCUAGAUAAAAAGUGAGGCCCAUCUAUUAUUGAUCCAGUGUUACGACUGCAGGAAGCCUAAACUAAACUAAACUAAACUAAACUAAACUAAACUAAACUAAACUAAACUAAACUAAACUAAACUAAACUAAACUAAACUAAACUAGCUUUAUUUACACUGCAUAGAAUUAGUAUAUGAUAGCUUUGUCAAUUCCAUACUGUUCUCCCUAGAUAAAAAGUAUAUAAGGUCCAUCUAUUAUUGAUCCAGUAUUACUACAGCUUUAUUUACACUGGAUAGUUCUGGAUAGUUCUAUCAGUUCUAAACUGUUCUUUCUCGAGAACCAGUAAAGGCCAUUUCUUAUUGCUAGUCCAGUGUUAGUGCAGGAAAGAAAACUAGUUUGGCAGGCAAUAUCUUUUUCCUAAUUAUAUCGAGCCCUGUCUAGUUCUUCUUCAUAAUUCGAAUUCGUGUAUAUUACGUGCGACCAAAUACUUCAUGUAUAUUGUUCCGAUUGUUCUUUAGAUACUGCAGAGCCCGAACGAGAUGGAAUGCCACCGAAGUUUGUACUCUCUCCAAACAAAACUGUCGAAGCUUGUAUCACGUGCUCAGCACGCAUGGAGUGUAAAGCCGUAGGGGACCCAAAGCCUGACGUGAGAUGGUACAAAGAGAAACUUCAGAUUGUCUCCAAUGAUAAAUGUUCAGUGUAUACCGAUGAUGGAGGAGUGUGUACAUUGAUUGUGCAGGAUGUCACUUACGAAGAUGAAGGAACGUACAAGGCAAUUGCUUCAAAUGAUUUUGGAAAAGUCACUUGCUCUACUAAGUUGAUUGUCAAAGGUAAACAGAGCUUCAAGUUGUUGUAAUUCUAUACUAUCUAAGAAAAAUUAGAGAGUUUAAGCAAGACAACGUAGUACGAUGAUCUAGUUGACAAUUUUUGCUCGUCUGCGCUUACCACAAACAGUCACUAUGGCCAAAGAUGAUGGCCAGAAGCGUGGCAUAUAAAUAUGAGUAAUCAUGCUUUGAAUAGGGAUGACGGUGCUUAUUUGCCAGAGGAAUACAUGUAUCUUAUUGGCAGAUGACGUCAUCCCUUGGGUAUAUAAGAAGCCACAUUGCAACUUUAGUUCACCCCUGGUGAAGACACUAGACUGAAGUGUCAAAACUUUGGGUCUUGAUUACAAUUCGUCUGGGCUUUGUGUUCAUUUUAAUCAUUUAUAUAAACCAGAGUAGCAAGCGAAAACAUGAUUGAUAUACCUGAUUGCCGUGAACGAACAAACUUUACUUGUGGUUGUUUAACGUGUCUUUCCGUUAUAGAUUCAUGUCUCCCUGUUAAUGAAUACUGACCAGCGAGACAUACAACUAUAUCCUGUCUUUAUUCUUCUGCCUUCGUUCAGAACGAAAUUCAAGACGAAUUUUUCCAAUUCGUUCUGAACGAAGGCAGAAGAACGAAGUUCAAACUGCAGUUUUUUUGUUAGUUAGUUGUGAAAGGCAACUAAAAUGGAUAACUUUCCGAAAGGCACACGAGUUUGCUAUAGCUUUUUAGUUGAGACUUGUGAGUAGUUUUUUGGUAAGAUCGUUUUAAUCUUUUUCCUGAAGCUGGAGAUGUAAGCAGUGAUGAAAGUGACACCCGUAGUGGGAGUGAUCAAGGCUCUAUCAAGGAAAGGUAAGGAUGAGAUGAAACUGCUCCAAUUCAUCUCGUAUGAGCCUUUUUUUCUUUCUAUAAUACCAUAGCCGCAAAGAAAAUAAACUGUUAUCCUCAAAUUAAAUUAUUGUAAAAUAUAUAUUCAACAUAUACACGAUUAGAAAUGUAUUUAAAGUGUUUUUGACCUUGCUGUCAGACGAUUUAGCACCUUGAAAAUCUGCGUACAUAAUGAAAUACUUUUAAACACAUUUUUAAGCGUUUAACUGUUGAAAAUAUAUUUUACAACCAUUGAUUUUGAGCUUAACAGAAUAUUUUUUGGGCUGCCUAUGAUAAUACCGUAAGUACUAUUCACAACAUGAGCAACCGUGUUGUAUCCAUAGUUGUAUCGGAGACUCCAACCGAAGGCGAAAAACGUUUUGAUGAGAACAUUCAACAAUUUAAAAUAACUGAAUGGUUUUGGUGAGGAAAUUGAACUUAAAGUUUAUGUAAAUCAGCAUGAUUUUGUGUUUUCUUCAUGAAUUAUUCAUCACAAUACCAUCUAUUACAGGCCAAUUUCACACUCACUUCGAACCAAAAGAACCACAACCCCAACUUCAUCCACCGACUCUAAACGAUUGCCGGAGUUUACCGUGCCAUUACGAGAUAAACAAUCCCCGGCCGGAACAACGGCCCGUCUUUCAUGUCGUGUCGUCAGCAAGAGUCGCUUCACUGCAAAGUGGUACAAAGAUGGUCAGCCAAUCAGAAGUGGAGGACGCCAUGACGUACAGAGCGAUUUCGCCAGUCAAACAUUGAUCAUCCGAGAUUGUCGAGUUGAGGACUCGGGCGAGUACAAAUGUGAAGCAAAAAAUCUUGAUGGCGUCAGCAGCACGGUUGCCAUGCUAACCGUUCAAGGUAUGUCGCUACUUAAAAAUAGAUCCGUUUAGUGAACGAUUCAUAUGUACAGUUUUGAACUUUAAAUAUGUGAUUUUCGAAAACUUCUCUUGAGCUGGGGAGGCAAAAAAUCUCCCAAAAAAUUUUUUACUUUGGAUUGACUAAAAUGAUAUUUUUUUUCCUUGAUCAGGUCGUAGUACUCCUGGCCGUCAACCAGUGUCAGUAAAACAACCAUCUAGAGGACAGUUUACUUGGUCGAAAACAAGUCAAGAUAAAAGCCCUGAAGCAUCACAAACAUCGAAGACAACAGGAGUUUCAAAAAGUUAUGGAAGACAGAAAACAACCGAAACGAAAGCACAAGAUGUUGAAAUGUAAGUUGCUUCGGUGUAAGGUUAAGCUCGAGGUAGUCGAGGUUAGGUUUACAGGCACCCUGCGUGUUUGGAGUUGGUCCAGUAUAUUUACCAGUACGCCUUCAAUGGUCCGUUUACAGUUUGCAUAACCCUUAGCUUAACAACAGUGCCAUCCAGUGAAGAUUCAGUGAUCGAAAUGAUUCAUUGUCUUUCCAUUUUCUUGAAAAUCCCACUGUUGUCCAUGCCGUUGUUUUUACAUAUUUGUGAGGUUGUGGCCCUUUUCCAAAAACCAACCCUUUUCCACUCAUCACAAAAACCAACUCGCAAGUUUGCUGCGAGUCCUUGCAUCUAAUUAAAUAAACUGACGAGCAUUGGGACUGGAUGAAAGUACUCGCAGCCAGAUUGUGGGUUGGUUUUUGGGAUGAGUGGUAAAGAGCUUCAUAGGAGGACAUUUUCAACCUCUCGUUCAAAGUAUUGUUUCGUAUUCUGGAAUUGUGAGAUUUUCUAUACUCAUAGAUACGCGCUUUACAUAAUAUAAAGUAUUUGUAUCUUGUAAUAAAUAGUUUUCUUUCUUCUUUUUCAGAGAGACGGAGAUCAAGCAAGUGACUGGAGAUAUAACAGAAAGCGCACCACCAGAUGUUGCCCAAGGUACGUGUGUUGUCUGCGCAAUCGCAGAACAUAUUUUGUUAUAGCUCGCAUGCCUAGUUACCACUGUUCUGAUAAUGUAAGCAUAGAAUGGAAGUAUGUAACAAAGGUUAUAUAUGUGAGUGAAUUGGAAGGCACCUUAGGUCUAUUGUGUAUAAGGAAUGAUUUUUGUGAUGUUACUCUGAGUGUAUAUCCACACCUGGCAAGCUUGAAAAAUAUGCCUGGCCACGGUGGGAAUUGAACACCAACACAGGAAAAAAUCAAAAAAGUCAAGGAAUGAUUCGUUUAAUAAAGAUGUUAUCACGGCUUUGCCAUAAACAUCCAAAAUCACAUUUCAAAGUUGAAUUAGCUUUGUUUGUUUGAUUCAAGUAACAGUAUAAAGUUCAUUCAAAGAUCUUUUAUGGUCAGGAAAAAAUGUUUCGUAAUGCGAUUCUACCCGGCUAGCCCUUAAAUGAGCUAAUCUUUUGUUUCUAACGAUUGAGAAGUGCCUACCGCAUUAUGCCACGCGCCAGGCGGACGUGAGGUCAGCCCAAGGGGAGCAAUCACUUGCAUUUCAAAAAUAGAUGAAAAUAUCUGUGUGAUUUUCAAAGCAGAUAACGGAAUAUCUCGACGUCGGUGGUCAUGCACGCAAAGUCGCAAACUGUACAAUUACAACAACCCUGCUUCUAUUUGAAGAGAAUUUGUUCUAGCGAGUGUCGGCUAAGUUUGGUUUUGGUAAGUGUAAGUCAGUCAGAUUUAAAAGUUCGUUCGGAUAGUUAAUCCACUUGCCUAUUCUAACCUAGAUUUGAUACUGUUAUACUAUGUGUUAAUGUAUACUUAAUACAGUCUUUCAGAAAAUUGUUAUUUUCAUAAAACAUAGCAGCACAGUACAACGUAGUUUUACAUUGAAAUUAAAUGGAUACAAUGACAGCAAAGUGAAGCCAAGUUUGAAUGAAGUAUUAUUUAUUGAGAUUGGAAAAGCAGAUGGUGUCUUGCGACAAUUUGUGUUUAGAUAGAAUUUUUGGAAUUAAUGGUAUGUAGAAGAAGGCGUUGUGUUUUCGAACUAAGGUUAAAAGUCGUGUUUAACUUUAAGAUUGUAGAAGACAGACAGUAUAUCUAUCAUUAAUUUUAUACUAUAGACAAUGUUGGGCAUUCACUGAUUACCAGCGUUUCAUUGAUUCCUGCAAUAUACAGUUGUCUCAUCUGGUUGUAAUUUCGUUUCAAUUGCAUUUACUUGUGUUCACUCGUGUAGCCAGGUCGUGAUAACCUUUCAGUGAACACUUGAGAUUUGGACUGGAUUGAAUCUAUAGCAAAGUCAUUUCUAAAAUGAAAUCUGAAACCAAACUAAUAAUUCACUGAGUUUUUUGCUUAAUAUCACUUCUGUCACUUCUUAUACGCUCUAAGUCUUUGCAUAGUUAAGCUAAGUAUACUUAGUUAAUAUAUGUAUGGUUAUGGCGUUGUAUACAGGUGGUUUACCACAUACGAAAUAGUGGCGCCGACAGGAUUUUAAUUGGGUGGUGGGAACUUAAUGGUUGGAGUCACAAUUCUAGGAGUGGUCCAAAUUGAAUUUUUGGAUCUCUGAAAUGGCAUUUUCUACAUUGUGGAGGCACUUUGAUGAAAAUUCAAAUAUCUGGCCUCCCAAUUAUGUCAUCGAAGUUGAAACAAUCCAAAAAUGUCAUUUAAUUAAUCUGUGACUCGAUUUACAAGUUUCAAUAUUUAUACUUUUUGUGGCCAUUUAAUUAAGUAAACUUGCGUCUUCCACAAGCAAAUCAAUUUUAGUUAUCACCAUGCAAGUUUACAUUAGCAACUUAUUUUUUAAGUUUGAGUAAUUAUAAAGUACAGAGUGGAAGUUUCCCUGGUUUGUUAAAUUUUCAAAUUUUAAUAAUGAUGAUUUGUAACCACAAAUAAUCUGAACAUUUUGGAAAUAAAUGUAAAAGUGUUUGAAAUUAAAUGUUAAUUAUUAUGUCUAUAAACGCCAUUUUAUGUAAACAAAAUGUUUACAGAUCUAUUUUUCAUCACACUCGAAAGUUAAACACAUUACUUGCCUAAGACCUUGUGACAUUCAUUGUGCAACAUGUAUGGGCCUUUGGUUAUAAAACACUCCAGGGAACCCUACACAGUGUUUGCACAAGUUGCCGGUUUGCACGAGACUCACGAGUUAUACUGUAGUCAGCUUCAAACUGUUGGCUUGCAAUCGUCAUGGGUUGGCAUGAGAAGGCAGGACAACGUAUCGUAAGGAAAGAGUUUUGGGUGUCACUUCUGUUUGUGACUUUUGUUUUGUUAUUUCUCAAUCUAAUGAGAAGCGAGCCAUGCUGGAAUGCUACGUUUAGUCUUAGGGUCCUACAAGAUACGCGUAAGUUUUUGAAUUGUGCAAGACUACGUUUCAAAAUGUUUCACUUUUGAGUAACUGUGCUUUUGAAGUAAAUUACUAUCGAUUAUCGUAGACUUAGCUGCAGGGCUGGGUUGAUAAAGUAAGCGGCUGCCUGCAUGUGGGGAGGGGGGGGGGCGGUCUAGGGAGUCUUAAAUUCAUCAGAAAUAACUAGUGUGUGUUGAUUAGAUAGCAACACAACUGAGCUGUGUAACCAAAUUAUAAUGUAUCACUACUUUUAUUCUUCAACAAGAUAACUUCGGGAUUUCAAGAUGGCAAAAACUAAAUCAGUUUUACGACAUAGUACGUCGUUUUCGAAAAUAACCAGGUUAUAAAGUAGAGCAGGUUGAGUAAAAAUAACUUUGUUUGCAAGCUUAGAGUGGAGGAAUGAGAGCGGAAUCGAUAUUUCAAGUACUGUCCAGCGGUAAACCUCGUGACACCCGUCGGAGUUAUGAAAAUCCUGAUCUAGCGUUAAAGUGUUUUAUUAUUCACUGUAUUUAAAGUGGCUUACACCCGUAGAGCAUGUCUGGACAAGUCAUCCAAGGGUCGCGUGGGUGUGACGUCCCAAAUGAAAGUGAAAUCACCGGGGUUUCUUUUUUUGAAAUACGAAACGUUUACUUUUAACUUUCGUACUAGAAUUCGCGUGAAAAUAUUUUGCUUUUAACAACACAAUUUAUUUUCAGCCUCAGGCAGACAGGUUUAAAUUACCUCUUUAACAACGUCACAAGACUUAAUUAAUUUUUGUUUUUGAUAUUUCUAGGUUUGCAAGAGACUCCUGAACAGCAGCAGGUAUAAUGAGCUAUCAGUGAUCAGAGCAAUACUCUAUACUCCGGAAUCGCAGGGCCGGCCAUUGUCUCAUUUGCAGGCGAAAGGCCUAUAGUUGCAUUUUGCUGUUUUUGCUCCUGUCCUGAAUGGUUUGGUCUUAAAUAUAUAUGUUGUUUUGCUCGAAAUUUUAAUCCACGAAAAAAUCUAAAACUUAAGCGUAAAGUAUAUCGUACAUUACUUUGCUCUGACAAACGUUGACAAUGUUUUUCAAAGACUAAUAGUUAUUUCAAGCAGAGAUAUUUGCAUGAAGUAUUUAAUUAACUAACUAAAGUGUUUGUGUUCACAUAGGUUACGGGCUCCAGUCGUUACGUGGCCGUGUCGGAGAGUAUAGACAAAGAGACUGGAAAGACGUUCUUGAUUCCGGGUGACAUUGUUGAAGUACUGGACCAGAAUCCAAGUGGCUUGUGGUUGGUUCGACGAACUUCACGCAGUGUGGAGAUUGGUUUUGUACUCGAAACCAUUUUAGAAGAAACGAAGGGGUAUUUCCAUUUAACACUUUUUUGCAAUGAUAUACACACGCAAAAACGCACAAGUUGUAACAAACCUGCAGCAGACUUGUACCAUUGCUGUUCCAACAACUUGUCAACAGGAUGUGUUCGCACUGCUUGUUCCCAGCUUGUUGACAGCUUGCUACAAGGUUGUUGAGCCCAACAGACUUGUUACAAGUUGUUACAACUUGUUAUCGUCUUGCAAUUCAACAAUUUGUAGACAAGUCGUGAGUGACAAUCUUGUAGCAACUUGAUAAAAUAAUAAUAUUGCCACAACUUGUUGACAAGCGUGCUGUAUGCCUGUUACGAACACAUCUUGUUGACAAGUUGUGUGAGAUUUUUGUGUAUGUAGGUUAACAAGAAUUUGAAUUUGUUUAAAUUUUAAAAAGUUAGUUUGAAUUAAUUUAACUUUCCUUCUUUGGUAACAAUGGGCCGAUCAAGUAAAGCUGUUAGUCUCCACUUAUUUCAUCUAAUUUAUUUUACUUUUUUUCCAAACAGCUCAAAAAUGGACGAUGAAGAGGUUUCUGAAACAUCAGGGGUAAGAGAACACAUCUUAUACUAUUUUGGGAAUGUAAAUUUAACUUAUACAGAAAGUCUUCAACUUUUUUUUUCCGAUAAACGUUGUGGGCAGAAGAUGGUCGUCAAUUUCAGAAAUAUUCGCAUUUGUUUAAGCAAGAAAAUUAACUGAAUUACGUCUCACCAAAAAGUGACUACUUCAUAUGAUGAAAAAAACUGCCAGUUGCCCACCAUCUGUUCAGAAGCUGUCUACAAGUUGUGUUCGCACUGCUUGUUCCUAGUUGUAACAAGUUUGGAACAAGCUGUUUUAACAAAUUGUAACAAGCUUGAUGGCAUUAUCAGACUUGUUACAAGGUUGUUCUAACAAGUUUGAUACAGUCAUGAUAUAACAAGAAUGUUACAAGGUUGACGACACAAGACUGUAAUAAUACUGUUAUAUCAUGACUGUAUAGAACUUAUUGGCAUUGCAACAAGCAUAACAUCAACAAGGUUUUAGAAGUUGUUAACAGCUUGUUCCAUACUUGUUGACAACCUGGGACAAGCAGUGCGAACACAAUAUGUUGACUACUUUGUUGGCAGACUUGCUACUAGAUGUGAGAUUAUUGCGUGUGUACAAAUUUCACAACUUGUCAACAAGAUGUGUUCGCAAAAGGCUUGUCAACAAGGUUGUCACUCACAACUUGUUAUCAAGUUGUUGAAUUGCAGGACGAUAACAAGUUGUUGGAACAACUUGUAACAAGUUUGUUGAGCUCAACAACCUUGUAGCAAGUUGUCAACAAGCCGUUGACAACUUGUCAACAAGCUGGGAACAAGCAGUGCGAACACAUCCUGUUGACAAGUUGUUGGAACAGCAUUGCCACAAGUCUGCUGCAGGUUUGUUACAACUUGUGCGUUUUUACGUGUGUAUACACGUAAUAUAAUGUCUUGUGACUCUUGUCUUAUUUGUAGACCACAGAAGAAUACGAGACCUUAUAUGUUGCAGCAAUUGAAUGAAAAGAAGUUCUGUGAGUGACUUGUUGACAAGUUUUGACAAUCUUGUACAACGUGAAAGUACCUGUAUCCAGCAAGUCUGCCAACAAAGUAGUCAACAUAUUGUGUUCGCACUGCUUGUCCGCAGUUGACAACUUGUUAACGAGCUGGGAACAAGCAGUGCGAACACAUCCUGUUGACAAGUUGUUGGAACAGCAUUGCCACAAGUCUGCUGCAGGUUUGUUACAACUUGUGCGUUUUUACGUGUGUAUACACGUAAUAUAAUGUCUUGUGACUCUUGUCUUAUUUGUAGACCACAGAAGAAUACGAGACCUUAGCAUACCACAUAAUCUUGACCAACUACAAGGCAACGAACGAAAACGAGGUGACAGUAUCAAUUGAUGAUGAAAUAGAAGUUCUGGAUGAUGGUGACUUGGAUUACUGGUUCAUUGACAAUCUUUCUACUGAACGUGAAGGUGUAGUACCUUCGUAUCUUGUGCAGCAAGUCUCUGAAGAGGAGUUCAAACGUGCUCCAAAAGAUGAGCAUGUCCGCGUGAGAGAAGCGAAGAACCAAAGAACGUAAGUAUUUCUGAAAAAAUGAAAUUAUUAACUUUGUCUUGUCUUGUCCUGUCCUGUCCUGUCUUGUCUUGUCUUGAGGGGUUUUCAAAACAAUGAAAAGACAAAUUGCACAUUUUCAUUCUUUGGAUCCUGACUGGAUGGCAUGGAGAACAAUUAAGUGGGGUUUUCAAAACAAUGAAAAAACAAUGGUACAUUCUGGUCACUGGAUCAUGACUGGAUGGCUUGGAGAACAGUAGGGUUUUCAAAACAAUGAAAAGACAAUUGCACAUUUUGGUCACUGAAUCGUGACUGGAUAGCAUGGAGAACAGUGGGAUUUCGAAAACAAUGAAAAGACAUUGGAACAUUCUGAUCACUGAUAUUCUAAUCGUUUAUUUUUUCCUUAAUUCUGAUCAACCAAACCGUUUUGUAGAAAUGUUGUCAAUGAUCUUAUUGACGGUGAAAGGAAAUAUGUAAAGCUGCUAAGAUUUAUUAUUGAGGUAUGAAGUCAGAUUUGAGUUAGCCUGCGAUCAGGCUCCCUUUGAGUUCUCUAGAAAUUAAAAAUUUGCGCAAUGUUUUUCAAAAUGAAUUGUAAUCCAUGUUUUUCAAAAUCACAUGAUUUUGUUUUUUUUAGAAUCACCUGGUUGAGAUGGAAAGCGAUGACCUGCCACGCAGUCUGGUUGGCAAAAAAGAUGAACUUUUUUCAAACAUCAAAGAUAUAUACACCUUUCAUACCAGGUUUGAUGCAUUUAGACUCUCUCAAUCCAGUGGUUUAUAUAGGUCAGCGUCUAACUGCGAUUCUUCUAAAACCUUGGGAACGCUAAGAAAUACUGUUCGAGACCAUAUCAGAAUUUUGAUCUUUCCAUCCUUGGAAACUAUAUUAGCUUCCCUGAGAGCAACAUAGCCAGGAGUCAAUGUUUUCUGGUUCGUCCACCUUCGGGAAACAUGGCUAGGAAACAGUGUUUCCUGACUUGCUCACUUUUGGGAAACAUGGCUAGGAAACCAUGUUUCCUGGCUUGCUCACCUUCGGGAAACAUGCCUAGAAAACCGAUGUUUCAUGAUUUGACUACCUUCAAGAAACGUGGCUAGGAAACAAUGUUUUAUGGUUUGCCCACCUUUGUCUCCGGAAAACACAACUAGAAAACAAUGUUUCCUACUGGUUUACUCAUACUCACCUUCGGGAAACAUGGCUAGGAAACUUUACAAAGUUUCCACUUUACAAAGUUUCCUUGGUUUGCCCACCUUCAGGAAACAUGGCUAGGAAACAUUGUUUCAUGGUUUGCUCAGCUUCCGAAAACAUGGGUAGGAAACCAUUUUUCAUAGCCUUUACUCACCUUCGGGAAAUACAGCUAUAAAACAAUGUUCCCAAACAAUGUUACGAGCCUUUGGUCGAUGAAAGUCGAGCUUUGUACCUGUGUGUAUGUGGGAUAUACGGCAUAUAACAAUAUGUAUUUUCCAUCUGUAAAAUAGAACCUUUCUUCACGAACUGGAAGCCUGUGUUAACGACCCAAAUGACUUGGCCAAAACGUUCCUACGACAUGUAAGUCUACAUUUGAAUGUAAAAUUAACGUCUACAGAUAUUGUAUAGUGUACUUUAGGUUAACUAUGUCCACCAUUUUCUUUUCAUUGUUUUAGAAAAAGAAACUGCAAAUCUAUGCGAAAUAUCUUCAAGAUCGAAUCCUCAUGGAGUCACUGCUUUCUCAACCUCAAAUCAACGACUUUUUUAAGGUUUCUCCUACAAACAUAACAUUAUAACACUAUAUUGUAUAUUGUGGUUCCAUAUAUACAGUGUGUAUAAAAUUAAAAAAAAGGUAAUCGAACUUCGACGCGCUAUUGUAUCUGAAUUAUUCUGCGUAUGAACGAAAUUUUUUCAUAUUCGGAAAGAUCAGCCUUUUAGCUGUUGAAUGAUAUGUUCCUCAUGCCAAAUGGAUAAAAACGGAGCAAAUACGAAUCCGAUAAAAAUGUUAGUCAGAAUCGCAUAUUUUCACCGUUAAGGAACUUUAGUUGUAGAUGAAUUUCACUUCAACAAACUGCUCACAUAUUCAUAAUUAUUAUUAAGUAGGAAUAAAUCUUAGCUGAGCUAUGACAAUUUCGUGAUUAAUUGCUUUUCUUUUGUUAUGCACUGUUUUAAUUAGGCACAGAGGUGAAAAUAUGCGACUCUGACUAACAUUUUUUAUCGGACUCGUAAUUGCUGAUUUUUUCUCCACUUGGCAUGAAAAACAUGUCAUUCAACAGCUAAAAGCCUGGUCUUUCCGAAUAUUGAAGUUCGAUUACCUUUUUUUUAUACACACCACUGCAGUAGCGCCUUGAUAUGACGCACUGAUACGAUAUACUGAUAUAUAUUCAUAAUACCAGGAAUUCCAAGAAGACACAGAAGAUCCUCUCUUUAUCACAGACUAUCUGAACAAACCUAUGAACAGAUUACAAGAAUAUGAACACUCUCUCCAGGUAUACAUGUUACGCGCAACCUUCACUGCUAGCCUGGCUACCAGAAACAAGAAUAACAUAAUUCUUUCUUCUCUCCAUUAAUUUUAAAUUUGAUGGAAAAAGAACAAGAAAUUGCGUCUUUCAUUUAUCUUAUAAUGGCUUGCUUUUCUCUUAUCUUAUUAUUUAUCUUAUAAUAGCUUGCUUUAAUGGCUAGCUUUUUUCAAUGAAUAUAACUAUUAAGAUAAUCCUCUUUCAUUUGCACUUUUUAUUAAACUUAUUGUCCGUUUCUUCAUAAAAGAGUCUUAGAUGUUUAUUAGUUACUCUCAAUCGUAUUGUCUUUUACCGACUUUUAAUUUUCAUUCGCGCGUGACUAAUCCCCUUGCAUGGGUAAAUACCAUGACUAAAUAGUGCAGAUAUAUAUUGUCCAGUUUUCUAGCUAUAUUUAGUACUAUGUACGAUACAGUACUAUAUUAAACACGUAAAAUUCGGCCAUCACUAUAUUCUAAGAGACAAAAAGGUGCCAUGUUUUUUAGUCCACUGCUAAAUCUGUCAAAUUUCAUUCAAUUUUUUCAUUGGUCAGUUAAUUAGUUCCCAGACUGGUUAAUCUGGGAUGAUUACUAUUAAGACACUGCCUGUGGGACGUAUACAGCAAUUGAAUAGUUGAUCCAGUUAGUUUGAUAAAGUUUGUAUUUUUAUCGUUAAAAUAUGGUAUUCGUUCUUGUUCAAAAGGAGCUGUUGAAGUACACGGCGAGGGCGAACUUGAAAUGUCGCGAUGUCGAGGUAAUUCAUAUAUUUUUGUGAUUUCUUGAUUAUGUAGUUAUUGCCGGCACAGUGAUUACUGCUUCCAGCAACACGUUUUUGUAUGAUUAUAAUUUCACCUCAGUCACCGAUGAGAGAAGAGUGUUUCCAGUUUGAAUCUGCCAAAUACCCUAGUUUUCUUCGGGUACUCUGAUUUCCUCGUUCUUGUAGCAGCACUGGACCAAUAAGGAAUGUCCCUUCGAGAGAACAUAGAGCUUAUAAAGCUUUCCAGUCUAAAUAAGGGUGGUGUUUAUUGUAACUUUGCAAACAUAUUUUCAUUCCCAUAGGAAGCGUUGCAGGUUGCAUCCAACCUGAGUCAACAGGCCCAAGGUGUUCUACGUAUAGCAUCGCUUGAUAUGUAUUCUGUAAGUAUUUGUAGUGCAAUGGAAAUAUUGAAGCCUCCCCACUAUGAACGUUUCCACUACAACCAAGCAAAUAAUUACUUACAAAUUUUAAUUUUAAAUUCUAGUAAAAUUACCUGGGCUGGUAUUGUUAAAACCUAGAAAAACUAUAAGGGCUUAUCAAAGCUAGGCUAUCAUAUAUACAGAAAGAUAAAUACAUUUGUCUGUUGAAAGUUGUCAAAGUAUAUAUAGCUUAACUAUAUGCAAUGUAUAUUUUAUUUCAAACUUCUCCUCACUCCAGGGUGAAAUACCAUUGCAACAGGCUGGAAAACUACUCAGACAAGUACGUUAUUCCUCUUAAAUUUCAUGAUCUGUUGUUGUCGUGCAUUUUUAAUUUCAAUAUAUUUCUUGCGCCUCGUUAUAGCGAUUGUUUUCUUUUUGAUUUUUAGGGAACUGUUCUGUUCUGGGAUGACAAACCACGAGGAAAGGGCAAGGAAAGGGAAAUAUUUCUGUUUGAGAAAGUUUUGAUCAAUGCUCGAAAACGGGAAGAUGGGAAGAGAUAUACUUGCAAGUUUGCAAUGAAGGUACAGAUUAACUUAGGAUCGUAUUACUUUAUCAUUCCUUUGUAUAGUUGCUUAAUUUUGCAUAAUAGGGCGCAGGAAACCGGGGGAGGCGCCUCCCCUUAUUUUAUAAAGGGGAGCCGGAAUAACUCCCCCCCCCCCAAAAAAAAAGAAAAUUAUUACAAAAAUUGUGCUCAUCGGCCAAUUAAUAAUAAUAGUAGUAAUAGUCCAUCCUGUCUCACAGAUAGCAUAGACACUGAAAACUAAACGCCCAUGUGUUCGGACAUCAAGUCCAAAAUCAACCAGGCUUCUAUUAAUCUUCUAUUGUUUCGUUGUCAUAGAUCUCGAGUCUUGGUGUGACUGAAGAUAUCACAGGACAACCAAAGAAAUGGUCGCUUUGGGUUGGGAACUCUGCACAGAAUCCGUCAGUGCUGCAUACGUUUGAGGUGAGAGGGAGAAUAUGAAGUGUACGUAAAACGGUUUGGAGAUCGCGCUUAAAAUUUGCAUACAAAUAACUGAACUUUUUUGUAUAGGGGAAGACGAUCGAAGUGAAGGAAUCGUGGAUCAACGCUAUCAAAGAUUUAAUUGACGCUCAAGGUAUAAUAGUAGCUAAACACUAACUGUGUCUCUGUUAGACAGCUCUGUCAGUUCUAAACUUUUUUCCUAGAUGUCCAGUAAGUUAUCCCUUUUGGUCAUGUUGAUCAACUAGUCAGUGCUUUUUUUUUAUAAAGUAUUCCAAAGAGGUUGGAAUCCCAGUGUAGCACAGGCCUUUAGCAUACAUGUUUCUUGUAAUGACACUAUGUUUCCCAAUAUUAAGGUGAGCAAAAACCAUCAAAGAGCAAAGACGACAAACGAAACCUUGCCCCAGCCGUUAAAGAAAGAAUACCAGCUGGUUCAAGUCACGAAGAACUAUUCACAGAAGUAGAAAAACAAUAUGUCGUUGUUACAGCGCCAAAAGUUUCACCCAAACCAAAAAAGCCUGCCAAGGAUAGUUCGUCUUCCAGUAAGACGACUAAGGAAUCCACGCUGAGAAUGGACGUUGACACUGAGACAGUGGACGGGAAUGUAGAAGGAGGUAAUUUAUGUGAAUAAUGUGGUUGUAAUGACGUUUUGAAAUAUCAUUCAAUAAAUAGUAUGGUAGAAGUAUUGUUUAUUCAUACUUCAGUACACAUGCGUUCUGCAUCCAUUUUUACCAAGCACUAGUCGUAGACUGGCCCGGGGUAGACUGCUUGGAUUUUUGUCUUACAUCCUUUUCUGUCCCUUGUCGUGUCGACCGUCAAUUCCUUGAUCUUCUUUUAAACAGUCUAUUCAUUAUUCUAUGUUUCCAUUUAUCUCCAGUUCCAUAAACUCUCUUCCAUCUCUUCUUAUUACUUAUCCAUAAAUCUUAAACUUGCUUCCUUUACCUUCUCUGCGAUGUCUACCACCCUACAUCUCUUAAUCUCUUCAUUCCCGGAUGUCUCUGACCGGCUUUCCUUCAUCUCUUAUUACUUAUCCAUAAAUUUCAACCUUGCUUCCUUCACUGCAAUGUCUACCAACAUGAUCACUUUUUCCCAUAAUAUCUCUGACUGACUGUCCUUCAUCUCUUCUUAUUACGUGCCCACACCAUCUGAGCCUUCUUGCUUCAUCUUUUCUGCAAUGCCUACCACCCCACAUCCUGUUCUGAUCUCAUCAUUCCAUAAUGUAUCUGACCGGCUAUCCUUCAUCUCUUCUUAUUAAGUGUUUAUACCAUUUCAACCUGCUUCCCUUCAGCGAAACCUAUUGGGAUCCAUCUCAACAUUCGUAUUUCCAUCCUUCUCAUUAGAUCUUGUUUUUCUGCAUCAUGCACUACCAGUACCGGCCUUAGCGCCCACGGCCUAUAUCCUCAAAACUUCAAUUUAUCUGUGAUUUUAUAGCACCGCCAGUAAUCACCAAAGGCCCAGGAUUUACACGAAGUAAACAGGCGAGACAGUCGUGUUCACAUGUAAUUUUGGAGGAGAUCCUGAACCAACAGUAACUUGGAGCAGAGAUGGGGUAACGAUAAAAGAUGAAGGUCGAUUCAUGAUUGUCAUUAAGAAAGGUUACACGGAACUUGAGAUCGAGAAAGUCCAAUAUGCUGAUGCAGGAACUUAUCAAAUAGCUUUGGCAAACUCAAAUGGCAAUGCUUGGGCUGAGGCAAUACUAGAUAUGAAUGGUAAGUCUCUUGGUAGUUUUAUUUUAGAAAGAAAAUCUUUUUCUCAAAUUAUUGUGAAUCAAUUGCAAGACUACUACCUAUAAUGAAAAGACUUUACCUAUAAUGAAUAGACUUUAUUUUCUCGUUCUGAGAACUAUCGGUUGACCACCAGAUGCUACACGAUAGUGCUUAAAAGGGAAUAUGACUCGAAAAUUGACGGUGUUAUUUUUUAGUCUAAUUUGAAAGAUCGUUGAAAACUGUAGAGUAACUUCUUUGACAGACUGUUGUUUUCUUGCUUCGUUUUGGAGAUAUUUCAUUUUGUAUGAUGCGCAAAGGACCAACUUUCUACGUCACAUAUGUAUAAUGACUUACUUUAAAAUGUUAUAUAAUUUUGUCACCAUCAAAUAAAUUCGCUCAAAAUGAAUGAUGAGCACGAGAUUUGUCCACAAUAACACCCAUGUAGGUUUUCUAUUGAUUGUGUUUAGUCGUAUUAAAGAUAUACAUGCAGCUUUUAGGGCUAACGCCCGUAUUCUAAAAGCUCACUCACACUCAAUGAGUGGAGGUUCAAUCUGAGCUUCUCUUGAGUGUCAAUGCUGUUUUUGAAUAGCUGGAGGGUUAGUGUCAUACCUUACUAUGUGAUUACUCACCCUCCAGCUAUUCAAAAACAGCAUUGACACUCAAGAGAAGCUGAUUGAACCUCCACUCAUUGAGUGUGAGUGUGAGUGUGAGUGAGCUUUUAGAAUACGGGCGUAAGUCAUUACGCAUAUGUGACGUAGAAAGCUGGUCCUUUGCAUAUACAAAAUGAAAUAUCUUCAAAACGAAGCAAGAAAACAAAAAUCUAUCAAAGAAGUUACUCUACAAUUUCAAUGAUCUUUCACAUUAGAAAAAAAUAACACCGUCAGUUUUCGAGUCAUGCCCUUUAAUGAAACCCAUCUAUCAGAGGGAGGUAUUUUGAGUAUCAUCAAUCUAACUUCAGAAUAUUCUUCUUCUUUACAGCUCCACCUAACAUCACGAAUGCACCAAAAGGCGUAGUGGCCAAAGCCGGAUCAUCCGCUCGCUUCCCGUGCAACUUUACCGCCCACCCUCAGCCAUCGAUCAAAUGGUCUAAAAACAACGUGGAAAUUAAGAACGAAGGACGCUUUCAUAUUUUAAUCGAGGAAAAUUAUACCCAGCUUGAAAUUACUGACCUGGUGAAAUCUGAUGAUGGGAAUUACAGAGUUGAUUUACAAAACUCAGCCGGUAGUUACUGGGCUUCUGCUGGAUUGGGUGUUACAGGUGGGUAAGAGAAGAUAUCUCAAACGUAUAAGGGUAUGUUGUAUAGGUAGUACUCUAUAAUAAUCUACUUGAAAAAGAUGUCUCAAACGUGGUGGUCUAGUGUAGGUAGUAUUCGACAAUAAGCUGUCUUGAUUUGUGUCUGAACUAGCUGAUAUAGCUAUCUCUAUUGUACAAGUGUUCAUGUUAAGAUGUCUUCUUUAUGCAGGUGGCGAGAUAACAGAAACCAACAAGAAAGAAACUGUAAGUAGUCAGAAGACCAUCAAGCAAUGGCGAGGUGAACCUGGCAAACACUCCAGUUUUAAACUGCAGUCAACGCAGUCACACGAAACACGUUCGCACGGUGAAACUACUGCUGAUAACCAAGAACUCGCAUGUAAGUUUGGGAUAAUUAUUAUUGAGACUCUUUCAUGCACUUGUCUGAUUGAAAUUUCCCGUCAGUCGCAUGUCAAGAGAACUUUCGUUCAGUUCGACUCUACCAAACAGCGCACGUUUUCUUCGGACACUUCGGGUGGUUGCUCUAGUAACACUAGACAAAUAAGGGAUGAACGUUACUGCAUCUUUAUGGAAAACAGUUUGGAAUUGAUAACAGUUUAGAGCUGACAGAGCUAUCCAGGAUAAGAUUAGUAUAGUUCACAAGUUUCCUCGUGCAAUGACAUAAGACCAAUAAGGGAUAAUAUUUGCUGGACCUCUAAGGAGAAUACUUUAAAACUGAUAGAGCUAUUCAGUAUAAAGUUAGUUUAGUUUGGGUUUCCUCUUAUCGUGGCACUUAGAGAGAACAGUGUAGAUCAUAUUGACCCAUCCAGCAUAAAUAAAGUCAGUCUGUCCGUGGAAAGGAAAUACUGAUGUUUCUUUAUUUAUCUAGCUCCCCCGGGCUUCACGAAAACUCCUAAAGGGACAGUUGCUAAAGCAGGAACCAAUGUUACCUUCCCAACGAUAUUCCAUGGUGAUCCUCAGCCCUCUGUAGUAUGGACCAAGGACGAUGUGGAAAUAAAAAGUGAAGGAAGAUUUAAUAUCAGUACCAGUGAAGGUGCGAGCACGCUCGAGAUCUUCAACGUAGGCAAGGCUGAUAAUGGCUGGUAUAAAAUCGCAUUACAAAACCCUUCAGGCUGGGCAUGGGCAAGCGCACAAUUAGUUGUUACCGGUAAGUUCAUUAAUUAAAAUACCAUGAAGUUAUAUACAAAGAUAUCGAUGACUAUAAAAUGUACUUCUCAGAAAUAAC